AUGAUAGUUCAUUUGCGGAACGGUUUCACGUUACAUUUUGUAGCACGUUGCUGUUUGACUUAUGCCUGUGUAACCGAGUGUCUAACUGGAGUGACCUGCAAUGUGAUAAGUCUCUCUUAUAAUCAGGAAUUUCGUAUUGCAGAACGAAAGGGGGUUUAUUACGAAGCCCCUGUUCCCACUGAGAGUGGUCCCGGUGCUAAAACCGGGAUAAAACCAACUAAGGGUUCCUCUGUCGGAGGCACCGGACUUUCACCCAACGACAAUGACGUUGAGUUGAUUGAACUCGAUGAAGAGGGCCGCCCCAUAGGGGAGCCUCUCCAACCGGGAGAUGAGACGUUGCCCUGGCGGAAAGGGCGUGUUUAUCACAGGCCUAGCGUAAAGAACGUAGCGCCAUGGAGAAAGGCAAGGCCAAAGUCGAGAGAUACUUCUCUCGAUAAAUUGCAGCAGGCAAGGCUACAGCAGGAAGUGAAACCUUGGACUGAGGAAGAGGUGAAGCUUAAGAAAGCCCCUCAGACGAUCAAAGAGAUUCCAAAAGAGAAGUUGGAAGAGGUCGAACUGAAACCAGCUAAGACAGAGAAAAGAGAAAUCAGGAAACCAAGCCUUGAGUACGUUGAUCUGAAGCCUGUUGAUAAGGAUGGUACGUCAGUCGACGAUCAGACGCCAUCCAGGUUGCUAACGCAUCCCAGAGAAACGGCGGAAGAUGUCGAAACUAAUGAAACUACUACGCUUAAAGUUCCGUCCAAACUUGAUGAGACUGUUCCUUGGACUAAGGAAAAGAUUCAACUGAAAAAAAGUAAACCGGAAAGAAAGGACAUUCCAAAAGAAAAGGUUGAAGGUGUUCAACUGAAGCCAGUGAAGUCUGAGGUGAAAGAUGUCGAAGAAAGCACUUUAGAACGAGUAGAUUUGAAGCGGUUGACACAGACAGGAGUAAAACAGUUUGACGAAACAGUCGAGUCGACAUCCGAAUAUGUGGAAUCAGAUGACUCCCAACUUUUGAAUAUAAGAAGAGUCAGUAAAACAGAUAUCGUAUCGAAGAUUCCCGAGAGACCCAAACCGUGGACUGAGGAGAAAAUUUCACUGAAGAAAGCUAAACCUGAUAAGAAGGAAGUUCCUAAAGAAACCAUCGAGGAUGUUGAAUUGAAACCAACAAAACCUGAAAAACGAGAUGUUGACAAAAGGGGCUUGGACAAAGUCGAACUCAAGCCUGUAAAAGUAAAGACAACCGAGGAUGUGGUGGAUCAUUCGAAAUCAAUCUCCGAGUACGUAGAAACGGAUGAAACAAGCACUUUGCAAGUUGGAAGAAUUGUGGAAUCCGAUGUUAAGCAAAAACAGCCUGUAGAAAAGCCCAAGCCAUGGACGGAGGAAAAAAUUACUUUGAAGAAAGCAAAGGGCGAAAAGAAAGACAUUCCUCGGGAAACAAUAGAAGACGUUGAAUUAAAACCAUCGAAACCCGUGAAAAGGGAUAUCGAAAUACCGGAGUUAGAUAAGGUUGAGCUUAAACCUCUGAAACAAAAGCUCAUUAAACAUGACGCAGAAUUAUCUCAGACAACGUCCGAGUACGUAGAGUCGGAUGAGACAAAUAUUUUGCAAGUUGAAAGAGUCGUUGAGUCAGAUGUCACACGAAAGCAGCAUGAAAAGCCCACGCCGUGGACGGAAGAGAAAAUUUCUUUGAAGAAACCCAAAGCCAACAAGACUGAAAUUCCGAAAGAGACUGUCGAACAGGUUACAUUGAAACCAAGUGUACCUCAGAAGCAGGUCAUCGAUAAACUAGCAGUGGAAGAGAUUGAGUUGAAGUCAACGAAGAAAGACGUGAAAAAAAUUGUUGCCAAAGACGCUAGUGCAACGACUGAAUCAGAAGAACUGUUAGUAGAAACAGAGGAUACGUCUACAUUAACGGUCGCAAAGAAAAUAGAUGAAAGACAGAAUAAAGAGGAUGUGGCGAAGGUGCCGGAACAAGUUAAACCAUGGACUGAGGAAGCCGUCACUCUGAAGAAAACGCCAAAACAGAUUAAAAAAAUCGAGAAGCCCGAGCCAGUAACUGUAGAACUCCGACCAGCCACCGCCGAUACAAAGCUGACAACCACGCAGCAGGUGGAAACAGUACAGUUGAAAUCUGUAAAGGACGAGUACCAUGUUCAAGAAGAUAAAAAUAUCCUAGCAGUAGAUAAGAAGGAAGAAGUGAUCGAAGAAGAGGAAAUAGAAGAAACUACUACUGCUGCUUGGCGAAAGGGCAAAAAGAAACCGAAGCCAAAGAUGCCGUAUUCUGUGGAAGAAGACACGCAAAUUCUCAAAACUGAUACGGAGGUUACCGAAGAACAACGCGUUACUGAAGAGGUUGCGGUAUCCUGGCGCAGAGGUAAAAAGCCACAGAAGCCCCUAGAAGACCAGGCUCCUGAGGAUAUUAAACCUGAAGAGGAAAAGCCCGUUGAGAAAACUGAAUUACCUUGGAAGCGUGGAAAGAAGCCUGGUAAGGUUGUUCAUACUGAACAUGAAAUUCAGCCAGAUGAACAGGCUUCUGAAGACGGUAAGCGUGAGGAAGAAAUACCCACUGAAACAACAGCUAUACCUUGGAGGCGCGAAAAGAAGCCUGUUCAAGUUACUGAAGUUUCCAAGGAUACACAACCCGAAGAUGUUCAACCUGGACAGGUGACUGAUCAACCUGACGAGGAGGAACCAGAUGAUCAAACAUCUAAACUGCCUUGGCAAAGAUCCAAGAAAGUGCAGCGUAAAGUUGUUCAGGAAGAAGAAGAAAAUGUCGAAGACAUAAGAUCCGUAUCGUUAAAAUCUGUGAAACGAUCUCAAAAGCCAGAGGAACGUGAAGAUACGGAGCAAGUUCAAUUGAAGCCGGUCAAACGUCUUCCUAAAAAAGAACAGGUGACGGAAGAAAUAACACUGAAGCCUAUUGACAAGCCGACCCCAGAUGAAACACUGCCGAAAGAGGAAAUUAUUCCGGAAAAAGUUACCGAUCAACCUGAGGAUGAGAAACCAGAUGAUCAAACAUCCAAAUUACCUUGGCAGCGAGGCAAGAAAGUGCAGCGUAAGAUCGUUCAGAAAGAGGAAGAAACGGUUGAAGAUAUAAAAUCCGUGUCACUAAAACCGGUAAAACGGCCUCAAAAGCCAGAAGAACGUGAAGACACGGAGGAAGUUCAAUUGAAGCCGGUCAAACGUCUUCCUAAAGAAGAACAGGCGACGGAAGAAAUAACACUGAAGCCUGUGGAAAAGCCGACCACAGAUGAAACACUGCCGAAAGAGGAAAUUAUUCCGGAAAAAGUUACCGAUCAACCUGAGGAUGAAAAACCAGAUGAUCAAACAUCCAAAUUACCUUGGCAGCGAGGCAAGAAAGUGCAGCGUAAGAUCGUUCAGAAAGAGGAAGAAACGGUUGAAGAUAUAAAAUCCGUGUCACUAAAACCGGUAAAGCGAUCUCAAAAGCCAGAGGAACGUGAAGACACGGAGGAAGUCCAGUUGAAGCCGGUCAAACGUCUUCCUAAAGAAGAACAGGUGACGGAGGAAAUAACACUGAAGCCUGUGGACAAGCCAACCCCGGAUGAAACACUGCCAAAAGAGGAAAUUAUUCCGGAAAAAGUUACCGAUAAACCUGAGGAUGAGAAACCAGAUGACCAAGCAUCCAAAUUACCUUGGCAGCGAGGCAAGAAAGUGCAGCGUAAGAUCGUUCAAAAAGAGGAAGAAACGGUUGAAGACAUAAGAUCCGUAUCGUUAAAACCGGUAAAACGAUCUCAAAAGCCAGAAGAACGUGAAGACACGGAGGAAGUUCAAUUGAAGCCCGUCAAACGUCUUCCUAAAGAAGAACAGGUAACGGAAGAAAUAACACUGAAGCCUGUGGACAAGCCAACCUCGGAUGAAACACUGCCAAAAGAGGAAAUUAUUCCGGAAAAAGUUACCGAUCAACCUGAGGAUGAGAAACCAGAUGAUCAAACAUCCAAAUUACCUUGGCAGCGAGGCAAGAAAGUGCAGCGUAAGAUCGUUCAGAAAGAGGAAGAAACGGUUGAAGACAUAAGAUCCGUAUCUCUAAAACCGGUAAAACGAUCUCAAAAGCCAGAAGAACGUGAAGACACGGAGGAAGUUCAAUUGAAGCCCGUCAAACGUCUUCCUAAAGAAGAACAGGUGACGGAAGAAAUAACACUGAAGCCUGUUGACAAGCUAACCUCAGAUGAAACACUGCCGAAGGACGAAAUUAUUCCCGAAAAAGUUACCGAUCAACCUGAGGAUGAGAAAGCAGAUGAUCAAACAUCCAAAUUACCUUGGCAGCGAGGCAAGAAAGUGCAGCGUAAGAUCGUUCAGAAAGAGGAAGAAACGGUUGAAGACAUAAGAUCCGUAUCUCUAAAACCGGUAAAACGAUCUCAAAAGCCAGAAGAACGUGAAGACACGGAGGAAGUUCAAUUGAAGCCCGUCAAACGUCUUCCUAAAGAAGAACAGUUGACGGAAGAAAUAACACUGAAGCCUGUUGACAAGCCAACCUCAGAUGAAACACUGCCGAAGGACGAAAUUAUUCCCGAAAAAGUUACCGAUCAACCUGAGGAUGAGAAACCAGAUGAUCAAACAUCCAAAUUACCUUGGCAGCGAGGCAAGAAAGUGCAGCGUAAGAUCGUUCAGAAAAAGGAAGAAACGGUUGAAGAAAUAAAAUCGGUGUCACUGAAACCGGUAAAACGAUCUCAAAAGCCAGAAGAACGUGAAGACAUGGAGGAAGUUCAAUUGAAACCGGUCAAACGUCUUCCUAAAGAAGAACAGGUGACGGAAGAAAUAACACUGAAGCCUGUGGAAAAGCCAACCCCAGAUGAAACACUGCCGAAGGAGGAAAUUAUUCCCGAGAAAGUUACCGAUCAACCUGAGGAUGAGAAACUAGAUGACCAAACAUCCAAAUUACCUUGGCAGCGAGGCAAGAAAGUGCAGCGUAAGAUCGUUCAAAAAGAGGAAGAAACGGUUGAAGAUAUAAAAUCCGUGUCACUGAAACCGGUAAAACGAUCUCAAAAGCCAGACGAACGUGAAGAGACGGAAGAAGUUCAAUUGAAGCCGGUCAAACGUCUUCCUAAAGAAGAACAGGUGACGGAGGAAAUAACACUGAAGCCUGUGGACAAGCCAACCCCAGAUGAAACACUGCCGAAGGAGGAAAUUAUUCCCGAGAAAGUUACCGAUCAACCUGAGGAUGAGAAACCAGAUGACCAAACAUCCAAAUUACCUUGGCAGCGAGGCAAGAAAGCGCAGCGUAAGAUCGUUCAAAAAGAGGAAGAAACGGUUGAAGAUAUAAAAUCCGUCUCACUGAAACCGGUAAAACGAUCUCAAAAGCCAGAGGAACGUGAAGACACGGAGGAAGUCCAGUUGAAGCCGGUUAAACGUCUUCCUAAAGACGAGCUAACGGAAGACGUGAACACCCUAAAACCUGUGAAAACUAAACAAGAAGAAAAAGCUAAGCCCGUUGAAGAAACCGAAGAUCUCAAACCUGAUCAAAAAGAGAUUCCGAAGGUAGAUACUCCUGAAACAACUGAAACUACAGUGUCCUGGCGAAAAGGAAAGAAGCCAUCCAAAACAAGACCUUCUACCACAGAGCAGCCUAAGGAAACAACGGAGACUGCUGAAGAAAUUGUGGUAGAAGAAGGUGAAUUGCCAUGGAGACGUGGAAAGGAUCGUGUCACAAAAACCAAACAAUCUGUAGAAGUUGUUGAUCAACGACAAGUCGUAAAAGAAAUUGAAAUUUCUGAGCAGCAAGUGACAGAGAAAAUGGUCUCAUCCGAAAUUACAGAAAUCCAGGAUGAUGAACAAAUCGAAGAUAUCCGCAGUGUCACUUUGAAGAAAGUGAAGCGUGACAAAAAACCCGACGAGAAGACGGAUAGAGAACAAAUUAUCCUUAAACCAGUGAAGAAAAUACCCAAAGAUGAAGAUACCAUUGAAGACAUUAAACUAAAACCUGUUAAAAAACCUGAAGUUGAAGAGGAGAAACUUGAAGAAGGCAAGCCGAAGACAAUUAAACCCGAACAACCUUCUGAAAAGGUCGAGGAAGUCGUCACUUUGAAACCUGUCAAGAGGAGCAAAAAGCCAGAAGAAACAGAAAAAGAAGAAAUUCAGUUGAAACCAAUUGAUAAGACUAAGAUCCCAGAAAAAGUCCCGCAUGAAGAAGUUUCUACGGAGUUGACCGAAGAGUCCGUACCAGAAGAGCCUGAUGAAAAGACUACCGCCUCUUGGCGUCGUGGAAAGAAACCCAAAAAGGUUGUAGAAACUCCAGUUGAAGAACAGCCAGAGACAAAACCCCAGGAAGAAGCUGGCUUAGAAGAGAUCGUUGAGGAUACUACGUCAAUUGAGAUUUCCCUCAAACCUGAGAGCAGAAAGACUAAAAAAUCCAAAAAAGUUGUUGAAUUUGAGAAAGACGUGACAGUUGUUCCACUGGACCAGGAAGAGGAGAUUACCGAAGUCAUCCGAACAGAGAAAGAAAUUAUCAGUCAGGUCGAAAAAUCUAAGCCAGAAAAAUUAAGGCCACCUAGACGUGGUCGACUUCCCGAGGAAAAACCAGACGAAGUUGAAACGGUUCAUCUCAAACCAAUUCCCAAAAAGUCCACCGAAUCGAAAACACCAGAGGAGACAUCACAUGUUUCACUGAAAAAGGAUAAGCCAAAGGACGAUGAGAGUUCGGAAAGAAUAGACCUAGAAUUAACUCCAAAGGAAGUAGAAGAUAAAAUUAGGGAAGAACCGCAAGAGCAGACAGAAUUACCUUGGCGACGUGGCAAAAAGAAACCUGAGCCUGUUGUUGACGAGAAGCAAAGAGAACCUCAGGUUUCUGAGAAGAGUCCUAAAGAAAAAUCCGAGGAACCAGUUGAGCUCUCUUGGCGCACUGGUAAGCGAAGGCCACGAGAACCUGAACAGCCCAAGGAGGAAGUUCACUUGAAACCUAUUCCGAAAAAAGAAUCAGAAGAGGAGGUUCCUGACAAGGUGAAGUUGAAGCCCAUUAAAAAAGAAGAGAAACCGAAGUCUGAUGAUGCAGAACAAGUCUCUCUAAAGCCUGUCCCACAGAAACCAGUUUCUGAAGACCAACCGGAAGAUGUUCAAUUAAAACCGAUUCCAAAAACAGAAGUCGAAGAGGACUUACCUCAGCAGUUGAAACGUAGACCAAUUCAGAAAGAAAAACCGGAGGACAAGCCAGAAGAAGUUAAGCUUAAACCUGUCAAAAAGGGAAAGAAACCAACAUCGGAAGAAAAAGAAGUGGUAUCUCUGAAACCAAUCCCACAAAAAUCAGUUACCGAAAAGACAGAGGAAGUAGAAUUGGAGCGCUUACGAAAACCUUCUAUUGAUCAACAGAAAGUUGAGCAGCCCGAAGUGCAGCCUGAAAAACUCGAAGAAGUGCUCGAAAAAGAUCAGCCAUCUGAAACUGUACAGCUACCAUGGAAACGCGGUAAGAAACACAAGAAGCCCGAACAGGUGGCCGAAAAACCUGAAGAGGUCAGACUAAAGCCUGUCAAGAAAGAAAAGAAGCCAGAGACCGAAGAUGUAGAACAAGUCUCUUUGAAGCCUAUACCUCAAAAACCGGUUGCCGAAGACACUGAAAAAGUGGAGGUCGAGCGUCUCAGAAAGCCAUCUAUUGAUGAUCACGAAGUUGAGCAGCCGGAAGUGCAGUUGGAAUUGCAGCCUGAAAAACUCGAGGAAGUGCUCGAAAAAGACCAACCAUCAGACGUGGCACAGCUACCAUGGCGACGGGCUAAGAAACCCAAGAAGCCUGAACAAGUUGAAGAAAAACUAGAAGAAGUUCAAUUAAAACCUGUCAAGAAAGAGCAGAAACCAAAGUCUGAAGAUGUAGAACAAGUCUCUCUGAAGCCUAUACCUCAAAAACCGGUUGCUGAAGAGCAGCGGGAAGAAGUACAAUUGAAACCGAUUCCAAAAACAGAAGUCGAUGAGCAAGUGCCUGAGCGUUUGAGGCGUAAACCUGUUCAAAAAGAAAAAUCCGAAGAUAAGCCAGAAGAAAUCACGCUGAAGCCCGUAAAAAGGGGAAAGAAGCCGGUGCCAGAUGAAAAAGAAAUAAUAUCUCUGAAACCAAUCCCAUCAAAAACAGCUACCGAAGACGAAGCAGACGUUGAACCUGAGCAACCAGAAUUACAGCUUGAAAAACUCGAGGAAGCUCGUGAAGAAGAUCAGCCAUCUGAAACAGCACAGCUACCAUGGCGACGCGGUAAGAAACCCAAGAAGCCGGAACAGGUGGAGGAGAAACCAGAAGAGGUUAAAUUGAAGCCUGUAAAACGGAAGGACAUUGAGGAAGUUGACCAGCCUGAAGAAAUUGUACUGAAACCGGUAAAGAAACAAGACGUUCCAGAAAGCGUGAAGCCUGAAGAAUCCAGGCUAGAACCUACAUCAAUUGUUGAAACAAAGAAAGAAGAUAUUACCGAGGAGACAGUGACGUCGGUAGAAGAAGUUAAGAUCGGGAAGAAACAGAAGACAGUUAAGAUCAAUACCAAAGCCAUCGAGAUCAUUGACGACAAGCCAGUUGACGAAAUUACAGAAAUCACGGAAAUGGACAUUACGACUAAAAAGCGUAUGGAUACAAAAGAAAUCGUUGAAAAAGACGUUCAACCCGAGGAACAAAAGCGCAAACGCAGACAGAGAACCCAAGUUGACAUAUCGAUUGCUGACAAAACUAAAAAAGUUGCUCCAAGAUUCAUACAAAAGCUCCAACCCGUUAUCGCUGAGCCAGAGAAACCAGCCAAAUUCACUUGCACAGUGAUCGGUAAUCCUUUCCCGGAAGUAGCGUGGUACAGGAACGAACAGGAAUUACAUGCUAGUGAGAAAUACAUCAUGACGGUUGUCGAAACCACAGCAACACUGGAGAUUACGAAUGUUAAAGAGGAAGACGUGGCGAUGUAUUCUUGCAGAGCCUCUAACCCGGCCGGUGUUGCUACCUCAACAGUGAAUCUAGUCAUAUUCGAAAAAGAAGAGGAAGGUGUCGCACCACACUUCACAACACCGAUCAAGCCAUUGAUGGCUGAAGAGCACAAGCCAGCUACUCUGGAGUGCAUUGUUACAGGAACUCCAACGCCUGAGGUGAAAUGGUAUCGCGGAGAGAAGGAGGUAAAGCCGAAGAAGGGAACAGAGAUAACAUUCAAACCAGAAACUGGAGAGGCCAAGCUGACUAUUCUAGAACCAACCCCCGAAGACGAAAAGGUCUACAGAGUUCGCGCAGUGAAUAAAUUCGGUCGAGCUGAAUGCAGGGCUAACUUGCUUAUCACUAGUUCGGUAUUAGUCACAAAACCUGAGGUGAUGUACGCUCCAAAGAUUACCAAACCUUUGCCAGCACUGAUAGCAGAAAAGGGUAAGCCGUUAGUAUUAACCGCCGAUUUCGAAAGCAAGCCAAAGGGUGAAGUCAAGUGGUUCAAAAAUGGCACUGAAAUCAAACCGUCACCUAAACAAAAAAUAGAAAUCUUCGAAAAUACAACCGAAUUAACAAUCACCGAUGUCUCAAAGAAAGAUAGUGGAAAGUAUGAGGUCAGAGUACAGAAUCCAGCCGGCGAAGCCCGCAGUUCAGGAUCUGUCACCAUCACGAAGCAACAAGAGUCACCUGACGCAGUGCAGGCACCAAGGUUCAUCGAACCUCUUCAACCACAGAUCGUCGCUCCGGGUGAAGUCGUCAUUAUGGAAGCAAGAGUCGAGUCAUACCCUACAGCAUCAUUCCAAUGGUUCCACAACGAUCAUGCCCUCAUGUCAACCCCUGAGCUAAGAAUCGUGACUCUAGAAAAUCGGUCCAUUCUUCUCGUCAAAGAGAUUGUCCCAGAAUUUGCUGGCUCGUAUACGUGUCGCGCCGAGAACGUUGCUGGAUCUGUAACCUGCACAGCGAGUGUCAAUAUUACCGAUGAAACCUGGGAAGAAACGGUUGAACUGCUUUCGCCUACGUUUGUCAGAAAAUUAUCACCCGUCAGGGUCAUGGAUGGUGAAAGCGUGAACCUGACCUGCGUCGUUCAGGGUAAACCAAUCCCGAAAGUCGAAUGGUUCCACGACAACAAGCCGAUCAAGGAAGGAAAAGAAAUUACCAUUCUUCAGGAUACCGAGGGCGUUUGUAGUCUCGCAAUCACGGAAGUUUUCCCCGAAGAUGCUGGCGAAUAUACCUGCCAAGCGAUUAAUCCUGUUGGCGAAACAAUCUGUACCACGUCUCUCGUGGUUGAAGCAUAUGAAUACGUACCGGAUUCAGAGAUAGCGUCAUCGAUUGUUGCAACUUCCCUAAUCACUGGGCAGAGUGGCUCAGAAGAGGAUCUGCUAUCUCCUAAGGAGACUCCACUUUCAGAUACUGACACAGAGGAUUCUGCACCAGAAAUAACGAAGAAACUUCCUCAGUUAAUUCCUACAAAAGAUGGCGAAUUAACUAGAUUGGAAGUUAAAGUCAAGGGAAAGCCCAAGCCACAAGGAAAGUGGUACAAACAGGGCAUGGAAAUUGUUCCAUCGGAAGAGUUCCAAAUUGAAGAAUUUGACGACGGAACAUCAGUGCUAACCAUAACCGAAGCAUAUCCGGAUGAUACCGGUGAAAUUGUGUUUGAAGCGCACAAUCCUUUGGGCGUCUCGACAACUACUACAUAUCUAUCUGUAGGAGGUAUUCUCGGAACGAAGGAUUACAGAAAACCAGAAUGGGUUACCCAUAUGGAGGAAAUGCAAGAAGCUCUUCGAGCUACACAAUCUGUACCGCGAUUUAUUCAAGAAAUUACUCCUACAUACGCUCAAGAAGGAGAAAAUGUAGAAUUUGAAUGCACAUACUCAGGAAACCCUGAGCCAGAUGUUGUCUGGUACAAGAAUGACAAACUCGUGAGCAACACUGAGAACUUAAAAGUGCGACUAAAGGGUAAUUCAAAGACGUCCUUAACGAUAAAACGUGCUACAAAAGAAGAUGAUGGAAUCUACGUUUGCAAGGCUACCAGUGAUAUUGGUCUCGCCAUCACCAAAGCCAGGCUGCACGUCAGCGAUGUCACUGGAGCGCCACUGCAACCACAAGAAGAGGAAAAGCCGGAAGAAGUGAAGCCUGAAAAGAAGCCGGAGAAGAAGAAGAGGCAUGAAAUUAAAAAAGCCCAUGCCGCAAAGGAAAAAGUUAAGCCAGAACGUGUGAAGACCGACAAAACAACGACGGUUGAAGAAAUAGGCGUUCCGCUAUCUCAGCAAGAAGACAAGAAAAUCGUCGACAUUCAAGAGGUGCAGGUAUUCGAAAGCACCGAAACUAUUGAAGAGGAAAGACGCGAGGUGUCCCAGGCUAAGAAAGUGAUUCCCAUCCAAGAACCAGUCUCCACCGAAGCUACAGCAAGUCUGAAGAAAAUCGACGAAAAGCCGAAAGAGAUCAAGUCAUGGCCUGAAGAUCGGGCAAAGCCGGUAGUAGAAGAGCUAGAGAGUGUCGUAAUUUCGGAAGUGAAGACAGAAGACACGGUUCAGGACUUGGUGGUCAAGUCAUCGGAAGAGAAGCCGAAGAAGAAGAGAGUAAAAUCAGACAAGAAACAACAGGCUAUUGAAAAGGUUACAGUGACCGAGGUCAGGGUCGAGCAAGUGAUAGUAGAACAGAAGGAAGAAAUUGCCAAGGAAGUCGACGAGCUUAUGGACGUCUUAAACGCCACUGACUUUGGCCCCGGUGAGUCGCCGCUUAGGGAAUUGGCCACGAUUGGCUACCUGGUACGACAAGGUGUCUCGGUGAACGAGAUAAACGAGAGCUUGUACCAAACGGACAAGUUCCCAGCCUUGAGGACACCCGAUGCUCAGAGCGCUCUGGUUCAACUGGUCGAAAGGGAAGGCCAUGGGCCCCUGAUCACUCAAGUCUUGACUGAAGAAACAACGGCCGAUGAGAGUGUCGUUGCAGCCACUGUUGGAUUCCGAGCAUUCAUGAGAAUGGUCGAGCUCCAGCAUGCCACCGUCGAAGAAGUCAUCACCCACUUUGCUCCGGAAGACUUCCGGCCACAUGCCUGGGAGGUAACGGAAGCAACUGAGAUUAUUUCGGAGCAGCACUUUAUGCAGAGAGUAGAUGUGGAAAGAGAGGAAGUGUAUCGUAUGGAGAGAAGAGAUGAGAAGAAAUUGGUGCAAAUUCAAGAUGUUCAGGAUAUCAAAGAAUACGAGGACAUUCAUCAAGCACACACAACACUACGCAAGCGUAAAGACAAAAAACCAAAGGAACACACACCGAUCGAGGAAAGAUCACAGAAUAGGGAUGAGGGGGUUGAGAUUGUAGAAAUACACACGGACCAAAAACCGCAAGAAUCCGACGUAACGGAGGAGCAGCUGGAAAAGAUAGUCACAGUCGAGAAAGAUUCAAAAGGAAAAUCACUUCUCAAGAAGAAAAGGCGUGAUCAAGCUGAAGAAGAAGAAGAAGUCGUAGAAGAAAUUGUCACUGUCGAUAGUUCCGAGAUAACUAGAAAAACGUUGAAAACUCAAAAGCCUAACGUUGGCGAAAGUGAGCUGGAGUUAGAGGAAAUCGAAGAGUUGAUUGUCAUGCCCGAAAAAUCGAUAACCAGUCUCGUGCUUAACGUACCCAGCCAACAAAACGAAAUAGUAGGAAUUGACCAAACAACAGAACAUGCUGGCGGAAAGCCGAAUACGGAAACAGCGAAGGUUACCCUGGAUACGGUGAAUGCGAUAACCGAACAAUUUGUCCCAACUCAGGAGCAAGAGAUCGAUAAUAUUUCUCAGAUUAAACCAGACACUCGAAAGGCAUCAGUGUCCAUAUCUCCAAUGGAGCCGUAUACUGUUUAUGAGACAAAUGUUCAGACGGCUACGGGUGACAUUGCGGACAUUUUGAAACCACUCUCGUUCGAGGCUAGACCGGCAUUCACUCCAUCGGAAGGUUUGAUAGUGAGCGAGACCCUAGUAGAUACAAUGACAACAGAUUUUAACGUAAAACCGGAUGUAACUAAAAUCGCAGAGUCUUCUUUGACUUUGCACGAAGCAACGGAAGUGCGUGAGACGACAGUAAGUCAAAACGAAGUCCCGACCUCAGAUUUCAUCACUCCAAGUAUGGUCAGAGCUGAAAAUACGAUUCUGCCGCAACAAGGAUUAUCCGUGUAUGAGGUGAACGAGGGUUUGGCUGAGGAGAAACUGGAACCCCUAAAAACUGUGCCCGCUAAACCAAGGGUUCAAAUGACAUCCUCCGAACCUCUGCAAGUAGAAGAGGUUCUCGCAGAGGAUAAGCCCGGUAAGUACUACCCGGAACUGUUUGUGCCAACGGAAGUCGCGACUGAAUCCGUUAUAUCGCAACAACAGAGAAUCACGGAAGAAAUGAACGCACCGGAAAGAGAAGGGGUGUAUACCCCAGGGAGGUUGCCACCGACCCAAAAAGCUGACGUUGCUGUUUCCACUGGCGAGACAGCAGUGGUCCAAGAACAACCUGUACAGGAAAGCGAGGGCGUUUACCUGCCAGAUCGCGUUGUUGACUCUUACAACGCUAAGCCUAAAGUCAAUCUGCUUGAAAGUAUAACUGUGUCAACCGUUGACUCCCAACAACAAGAAUCGGCUCUGACGAUCGGAGAAGACAAGACGGUAACAGCCGAAUUCAAUUUCAUUGAACAGAGCUCAGUUGUCACUUCGGAAACGAUAACUUCCGAGAGAGGAAAUGAGUUACCAUUGGAGGAAAAACCCGUGUCAAAGUCAGCCGAAACAACGAUUACUUCAUUAGAGACUAGUUCGGUAUCGACGUUGAUCAUCCAAGAAUCCGAAGGGGAGUACAACCCUGAUAAAAAGCCAAGAACCGCUCUUGCGGAAACGUCGGUACGUGAAAAGGAGUACGUCGAAGUAUCUGAAAUUCAUACGGCUGAUCAACCGUCAGAUUUUACCGAUAUUCUCAAGUAUGUUACGGAAAACACAGUAGCGUCCGUCCAGGUAUCUGAGGCUAGAAUGGAUCAGGUGACUAUGAUCCAUGAACGCGAAGGUACGAUGCAAGAAAUUGUCGGACCUGAAGAACUUACCGUAGACUCUUCGUUCAACCCGGUUAAGACGUUCGAGAUAUAUGAAACGACGUCCAUAGAAAGAGAAGGGGAUUUAAAAGUUUACGAGUUGCCUGAGUCUCACAAAGGCAAACCCACGACUGAUCAUACAGUGCAAUCCCUGCUUGUAGAAGAAACUCAACCUGACUAUAACGUCGGUGUAAUUCAGGCAGAUAGUCCCAUCUCAGUGACAGCUAAGGUCAAUCAAACGAACCUUCAAGAAACUGUCACCGACGAAACGAUCGCGGAUGAAAAUCUGGCACCCGUUGAACAACACAAGACGCCUGAUGCUAAAACAGCGGAGCUGAGCAUUAAUGAAAUUGAAAGUAUUCACACAACGGAAGUCGUUGUGACUGAAAAUGAGGUGGAGGGUUCUCAAGGACUGGAUGCCAAGGAGGUGUUCGCCAGUCAAGAAUUUACCACUCAAGUUGCAAUCACGCAGGAAGAGGUGCGGACGCAGUCGCCGACGGGAGAUAUUGUGGAAGAAAGUCCGACGAAACGAACAGCAACUUCGUCGCAUCUUCCAUGGGAAAGUGCGACAGUAACGUUACAAGAAGUAGCUGAAAAAGAAGGUGUUUACAGUAAAGACGUCGGCCCUGAACAGAAGACUGCAAGCGUCGAACUUUCUGAAGGUAAAGCCAGCAUCAAUGUAACUGAAGUAAUACCACAUGAUGCUGAAAAUUUGUAUACAUCAGAUUCCAAGCCGCAAGAUUUCACCGCACAACAAUCCGUUCUUGGGCAUACCAUUGCCACAAAACUGGAGACAAUGGUUGAGCAGAGUACAGGAGAAAUGUUGGUCGAACAACCUACUGCCAAAAAGGCAAGUGAAGCUCAAGAAGCUUUCGAUGAGCUCAUUAUUACCGAGACUAAUAUUGGCGAAGGAGAAAAGCCCAGAGCAGACGAUGUGAAGCCGCUUAUGCAAACUGCGGACCUUAACGUUACAACUAGAGAAAACGUCACAGUGACCGAGGUGGUAUCGGAGCUGAAGGAAACUAUCUUGCAUACAAACGAACAACCCACUCAACGCACGGUAAAUGUGAAUCUACUUUCCGGGCACGAAGUCGCACAAACUGAAGAGACAAUUAUUUCCAACAGUGCCGACGAAUUCAAUGAAAUUAAAAUAAAAUCGGAAACUGCUAUACAAAAGCACGAUGGAUUGGAAAUAGUACAACACUCUGAAGUAGCACUAUCAGAAAAGGAAGCGCCGUUAUCCGAAGACAUCAAGCCACAGUCUAAACAAGCGGAUGUGACUUUCGAAGAAGGUAAAAGUGUCAAUAUUAUUAUACCUCACAUCGAGGAUAAAGAAGGCACUCUUGAAGAACAAGUCAGACCUCGAUCCGCUGCAGCCACGGUUGAUUUUGAAGUGCAGGGAGUUGCUACUAAGAUGGAAGUCCUAGCUGACACAGGUUUGACAGAUCUCAUAAUUGAAGAAGUGAAAGAUGCAAGUGCAAGCAAAACAUUACUACCAUUUGAAUCAGUCAUUUCAGAGGAAAUACUCACGCGGGAAAAGGAAGCACCAUUUUCGGAAGUGCAGCCAACUAUCAGAAUAGCACAACUCGAGUUUGAAGUUGGAGAAAGUCUAAUUGUCACUUCGGUGGUCAGUGGCGACAAUACAAACAUUUUAGCUGAGGCUGAAAAACCAAAAGAUCAGUCUGCUACUUUUGAUAUCUCGGCACACCCCGUUGCUGAAGUAGUAGAAACAAUCACCGAAGACAACACUGAGAAGCUGGCCAGCGAUACUGCAAAAACUGUCACGGCUACUUCUGACCACAUACCUUUCCAGAGUUUGAUUACUUCUGAGAUAUCAACGAGUGAACUGGAACAAUCACUUUCUGAUUUUGUCAAGCCAGAUGAAAAAGUACCUAGUGUUGAAUUCGAAGAAGGUAUUAGUGUCACAGUUACACAGACUUUAGCUGAGGACAAGGAACAGGAAUAUCUGGGUAAGCCCAAAAUCGAGGGACAACAAGCCAAGUCCUCAUAUGAUGCACACAGAGUUGCUGAAUCAACUGAAAUCACAACGAAUACUUACCCUGGAGACUUGGUGACCAAAAAACCGGAAUUAGUAUCAGCCAGCGAGGAACAUUUACCAUUUGAAAGCGUUGUCCAAACUGAGGCUGUGAUUUCUGAAACAGAAAUUGAUUUCACUGAAAAACCAGUGAUUGGAAAAAGCUCUGCAAGUGUUUCUUUCAACGAAAGUAUCAAUGUCACAAUCACCGAAGUUGUCUCAGAAGACAAAGAGUCUGCAUUGCAGCCUUUCGAAAAACCAACCAAGAAAACUGCCUCUGUCGAUAUUUCAACCCACUCUAUUGCCGAAAAAUCUGAAGUUAUCCCUGAUGUGGAUACUGAGAAACUAGAACAACCGCGACUAAUUACAGCUGUAGCUGUCCCGACACAAAUACCUCUUGAAAGUAUUGUUCAGUCGGAAACUCAGCCAACUGAGUCCGAAGAACCACUAUCUGAACAUAAGAAACCAUACCAGGCUACUGCAGAUUUUGCCGUUGUUGAGAAACAAAGUAUAGUAGUAUCAUCUGUAGUCUCAGAUGACAAAGAAGGCCAAUACAAACCUUCAGACCUACCUGAAACAAGAACAGCUGAUGAAAGUUUCGUUCAUACUCACACAGUUGCCCAAACGACGGAAUAUAUUAUCGACUCUAGCACAGAUACGUUAGUCAACGAAGUUUUGUCAGUUUCAACAGCUGUACCAAAUCAAGUACCAUUUAUUUCUGUACUCCAGUCACAACCGACCGUUCAGGACAAGGAGAGUCAAUUGGUUCCUGAUCUAAAACCUGAGAACAGAAUAGCAAAUGUUGACUACGAACUAGAAAAGACAGUAUCGAUUUCUGAAGUCACGUUGGGUGAUAAGGAAUUCAAUUACAAGCCUGAGCCACAACCAUGGGAACAUGUGGCAUCAUUCAAUAUCAAUCAGACACAUGAUGUUGCUGAAACGACGGCUGUUAUUGUUGAAGACUCAGUCACUGAGGUUGGUUACCAGAAGCCUGAAGUAAAAGUUGCAUUGCCCAGCCAAGAAUUGUAUGAAAGUCUCAUAAUUACCCAAGGCAUGGCAGAGGAUCAAGAAAAACCAUUUGAAGGUAAAUUUAAACCAGAAACUUUCGAUGUCAAUGUAACCGUCGAAGAAGGCAAGCGUGUCUCAAGUGUCACUGAAAUUGUGACCGACGAUAAAGAGUUACGCUUGGACGAGCUUCAAAAGCCUAAGGUUCAAAAGGCUAGACCUGAAGUAGUUUUAGGUCAUGAAGUUGCUGAAAAUACAGAGGUUAUCACCAGCAUGAAUGUAGGUGAGCUCGAAGCUAUUAAACCAGCUUCGUGCGUCGCUCAAGCGGGACAAAAACCAUUCGAGACAAUAGAAUUGACUGAAGAAAUUCUGGGAGAAAAAGAAAUAGAUCGCGUUGAGGUCAAGCCACAAACUAGCAAGGCUCAUAUUGCCUUGGAUGAAGAAAAAUCUAUUAUCAUCACAGAGACUACAACUCAAGAUAGCCAAAUUGACCUUUCAAGUGAAAUAAAGCCUCGUGAGGGGUUGGCAACAUUCUCUUACGAGGGAAAACAGGUUGCAGAACAAUCGGAAGUCGUGCCUCGCGAAGGUGUUGAAGAUAUAACACCAUUGAAAUUAGUUGAAUUUGAGGCAAGUCAAGUACAAACAACACUCGAUAGCAUAAGCGUCACAGAAGCUGUCUCUGAGGAAAUAAGCCAAGAUUUCCAAGGCAAGAUGGCGCCUAAUACCCGACGAAUUAGCGUCUCCUUUGUUGAAGGCCACAGCAUAUCUGUAACUCAAGUCAUUACUGAUGAUAAAGAAGGCCAAGUGUCUGUCAACGAAUUCAAAAGUAGUGUAGCUGCUGUAAACACAAGCCAAGUUGGCAGGGAUGUGGCUGAAAAAACAGAGAUCAUCGUCGACCAAAAUGUCGGAACGCUUAAACCAUUCGAUGCAGACAAACUGACUGCAACGUUGAAGCAAGACAUACUCGAACCAAUUGUUGUAGAAGAAGUUCCAGUAGCUGAAAGUGAAAAGCUAUUUGAUGUAUCUACAAAGAGAAAUACUACGUCCAUUGCUCCAACGUUUGAAGAAGGUCAUAGUGUUACAGUGACAGAAACUGUGUCAAGUGAGCAGGAAACUACACUCGAGGUUAAAAAGGUAUUAGAUUCUAAAGAAGCGACAAGCACUGUCGUAACAGAGCAUAGUUCAGUACAAACAACAGUAGUUGAGUCUCAAAUCGAAGUUGAGAAACGGAUUUCCGAUUUCGAUUUGAAGACUCAAACCGUCCAUGUGGGACAAGAACCUUUUGAGAGUAUAACUGUAACUGAAAGUGUGGCAGAAGAAGCUGAGAGUUCAUUUGACGGAACACUUAUGCCAGCUACUCAAACAGCUGGUAUCCACGUACAAGACGUCAAGCCGUUGCAAAUAUCAGAAAUAGUAACAGAAGAUAAGGAAGAUAAUUUUAAUAUUUCAUUAGACUAUACCAAAGGCAUAGCACAAAGAGAGUUUACCACUUUUGACAGUAUUCAAAGCUCGGAAGUUGCAACGAUACAGAAUGUUGGAGAAAUACAAGAGACAAAACGUCGGUCAUCUCAAGCAACGUUAACGCAAACCACAUUAGAAUCUGUUAUUAAUGUGGAGACGACUGUUGGAGAAAGCGAGGAAAUCUUCCAGGGCAAAUUCGAACCUAAGAAACAAAAAGGUAUGCCUGAAAUGGAAAGCUUAAGUUCGGUAAAUGUGACCGAAAUUCUAACCAACGAAACGGAGUUAGAGCUAUCAAGAUUAGAAAUGCCUAAGGAAGAAAAGGCUCAACCUAAUUUAUCUGGAAGGGAAGUAGCUGAGACACUGCAAGUGCUGACCUCAACAAAUACAGAGGAGCUGGUGAAACCGAUGAAAGCAGAAGAACGAAUGGGUCAUCCAGUAAUAGAAGAAUUAACAUCCGUCACGGUUAGUGAGGUCAUAUCGAACGAAAUCGAAAGUGUACUAGAAGAUACAGUGACUGCUAAGAAUCAAACAGCUACGCGAAAUCUAUCAGGAAGAGAAGUUGCUGAGACGACUCAAGUCUUGACAUCAACGACUACCGAAAAUCUGAUCGAGACUAAAAUGCCUAAAGCAGAAAGAGGUAGGCCACAAUUAGACGAAUUGACAUCAUUGACGAUAUCUCAAAUUGUUACGAAUGAAACAGAAGAAUCAUUGCCUAAAUCUGAAACACUUGAUAAACAAAAUGCGUCGCCGCAUAUAUCGGGCAGAGAAAUAGCCGAGACCAUACUAAUCAAUGCUAUUGACAACACGAAUGAACUCUUUACAACGGAUGCUAAAGAACAAAAAGGAAAAACGAAUUUAGAAGAGUUAGGAGCAGUUACUAUUUCUGAAGUAAUUUCCAAUGAAACCGAAGAUAUUUUGACAUUAUUGCAAGCACCCAAUGAACAGAGAGCGAUAGCUCACUUAUCUGGUCGAGGAGUGGCUGAAACAAGUCAAACUCAGACAGAAGUCCGUACUCACGAACUCGUGAAGCAUAAAACACCCGAAGAACAAAGAGGAAUGCCAAACUUGGAAGAACUAUCGUCCGUAUCGGUCUCUGAAAUUGUUUACAAUGAAAGCGAGAUUAUUUUACAAAGUGAGGAUGUACCAAAAGAGCAGAAAGCUUCUCCACUUUUGUCAAGUCGAGAGGCCGCAGAGACGGUGGAGGUUAUGACAUCUGCGAAUACAGAAACUUUGGUCAAUGUGGAACUCCCCGAAAGCAAAACAAUUAUACCAAAACAAGUUCCGUUUGAAAGCCUGGAACAAACUCAACCAAUCUUGAGAGACAGCGAGAAGCCUUUAGUCGUAGAUGAACCCAAAUCAUCCACGCAGGCAAAUGUGAGCUUCGAACUUACACAAAGUCUCAUAAUUACUCAGGUAACAGCAGAUGAGACAGAGUCGAAGGACGUAGUUAAAGGAGUUGCCAAGGAAGUAACUGCUACACCUGACAUUGUUAAACGGGAAGUUGCAUUGAAGUCAGAGAUCUUAGCAGAAGACGUUGCCUCAGAGUUUGUUACUGAUAAACCCUUAACAAAAACUGCUAAAACAGUGAAAGACGAAAAGUACGGAAUCGUAGUUACUGAACUUCAGUCGACAGGUGAAAUAGAAUCGGAAUUAAAUAAAUUUGUAGAACCUUUUGCAAAACAAGUAACUGUGUCAUUCGAAGCUGAUCAUCUGGAAAAAGUGAUAGAAACAACAGAAGCACGAGCGCAACAACACCAAACAACAUACACACACGACACUUAUACACACGAAACCCCGAAGGUAACAACCCAAUUGAAUAGUGAAUCUGAUACUGAGGUUACUGAAGAAUACACAACCAAAUUUACACGCGGAAAUGAUGAGGAAGCAACAGCAGCGAUAAAAACGAAAAGGACAACGAUCCGGAAGAAAAAACCAUCUACAAAAGAAGAUGACAAUAUUGUGGUAAUCGAAGAAGAGAUAGAAAACAUAAGGUCAGAAUUACCGACGAUACCUAAAAAACAAUUUAUGUCAAUUGAAGAGGUGACCGAUACUGGUGACAUCGAAGAGAUCAAGCCGUCAAGUGUGGAGGAGGUCAAAGAAAGUAGCGAUAUUGAAAAACCGGUAGAAGAAAUGACUUUUGACGAAAUGACCGAGAAACUCCGUACUCCAGAACAAGUCCAGCCGAUUGAACGUGAGGAAACUCGCGAACAUGUCACUGUGACGGAAGAAGUCACUCACGAAGGUAAACCUCGCAAGGUUGUCAAGAAACGAAUUGUCAAGCGCAAAGGCAAGAAGCAACAGGUCACCGAGGAAGUGACUGUCGAAGAAGAGGGAAAAGCUCCGGUCACGACCGUCACUGAGAAGCCGGUGGAAGAAGUUACUUUCGAAGAGACAACCAAGGAACAACCCGCUCCAGAACAAAUCGUGCCGAUUGAACGUGAGGAAACUCGCGAACAAGUCACCGUGACGGAAGAAGUCACUCACGAAGGCAAACCUCGCAAAGUUGUCAAGAAACGUAUUACCAAGCGCAAGGGCAAGAAGCAACAGGUCACGGAGGAAGUGACUGUCGAAGAAGACGGAAAAGCUCCAGUCACUACCGUCACUGAAAAACCGGUGGAAGAAGUCACGUUCGACGAAACAACCGGGGGACUGCCCGCUCUGGAACAAGUCAAGCCAGUUGAACGUGGGGAAACUCGCGAACAAGUCACGGUGACGGAAGAAGUCACUCACGGAGGCAAACGUCGUAAGGUUGUCAAGAAACGAAUUGUCAAGCGGAAAGGCAAGAAGCAACAGGUCACGGAGGAAGUAACUGUCGAAGAAGAGGGAAAAGCUCCAGUCACGACCGUCACUGAGAAGCCGGUGGAAGAAGUUACUUUCGGAGAGACGACCAAGGAACUACCCGCUCCAGAACAAAUCGAGCCGAUUGUACGUGAAGAAACUCGCGAACAAGUCACCGUGACGGAAGAAGUUACUCACGAAGGCAAACCUCGCAAGGUUGUCAAGAAACGAAUUGUCAAGCGCAAAGGCAAAAAGCAACAGGUCACAGAGGAAGUGACUGUCGAAGAAGAGGGAAAAGCUCCAGUCACGACCGUCACUGAGAAGCCGGUGGAAGAAGUUACUUUCGAAGAGACAACCGAGGAACUACCGGCUCCAGAACAAGUCGAGCCGAUUGUACGUGAGGAAACUCGCGAACAAGUCACCGUGACGGAAGAAGUUACUCACGAAGGCAAACCUCGCAAGGUUGUCAAGAAACGCAUCACCAAGCGCAAGGGUGAAAAGCAGCAGGUCACGGAGGAAGUGACUGUCGAAGAAGAGGGAAAAGCUCCAGUCACUACCGUCACUGAAAAACCGGUGGAAGAAGUCACUUUCGAUGAAACAACGGAGGAACUACCUGCCGUAGAACAAGUCGAGCCGAUGGAACGCCAAGAAACUCGCGAACAAGUCACUGUGACGGAAGAAGUCACUCACGAAGGUAAACCUCGCAAGGUUGUCAAGAAACGCAUCACCAAGCGCAAGGGCAAAAAACAGCAGGUCACGGAGGAAGUGACUGUCGAAGAAGAGGGAAAAGCUCCAGUCACUACCGUCACUGAGAAGCCGAUUGAAGAAGUUACUUUCGAAGAGACAACCGAGGAACUACCGGCUCCAGAACAAGUCGAGCCGAUUGUACGUGAGGAAACUCGCGAACAAGUCACCGUGACGGAAGAAGUCACUGACGAAGGUAAACCUCGCAAAGUUGUCAAGAAACGAAUUACCAAGCGCAAGGGCAAAAAGCAGCAGGUCACGGAAGAAGUGACUAUCGAAGAAGACGGAAAAGCUCCAGUCACGACCGUCACUGAGAAGCCAGUGGAAGAAGUUACUUUCGAAGAGACAACCAAGGAUCUACCGGCUCCAGAACAAGUCGAGCCGAUUGUACGUGAAGAAACUCGCGAACAAGUCACCGUGACGGAAGAAGUUACUCACGAAGGCAAACCUCGCAAGGUUGUCAAGAAACGAAUUGUCAAGCGCAAAGGCAAAAAGCAACAGGUCACGGAGGAAGUGACUGUCGAAGAAGAGGGAAAAGCUCCAGUCACUACCGUCACUGAAAAACCGGUGGAAGAAGUCACUUUCGAUGAAACAACGGAGGAACUACCUGCCGUAGAACAAGUCGAGCCGAUGGAACGCCAAGAAACUCGCGAACAAGUCACUGUGACGGAAGAAGUCACUCACGAAGGUAAACCUCGCAAAGUUGUCAAGAAACGCAUCACCAAGCGCAAGGGCAAAAAACAGCAGGUCACGGAGGAAGUGACUGUCGAAGAAGAGGGAAAAGCUCCAGUCACUACCGUCACUGAGAAGCCGAUUGAAGAAGUUACUUUCGAAGAGACAACCGAGAAACUACCCGCUCCAGAACAACUCAAGCCAAUUGAACGUGAGGAAACUCGCGAACAAGUCACCGUGACGGAAGAAGUCACUCGCGAAGGCAAACCUCGCAAGGUUAUCAAGAAACGCAUUACCAAGCGCAAGGGCAAAAAGCAGCAGAUCACGGAGGAAGUGACUGUCGAAGAAGAGGGAAAAGCCCCAGUAACGACCAUCACUGAAAAACCGGUGGAAGAAGUUACUUUCGAAGAGACAACCGAGGAACUACCGGCUCCAGAACAAGUCAAGCCGAUUGUACGUGGGGAAACUCGCGAACAAGUCACCGUGACGGAAGAAGUUACUCACGAAGGCAAACCUCGCAAGGUUGUCAAGAAACGCAUCACCAAGCGCAAGGGUAAAAAGCAGCAGGUCACGGAGGAAGUGACUGUCGAAGAAGAGGGAAAAGCUCCAGUCACUACCGUCACUGAAAAACCGGUGGAAGAAGUCACUUUCGAUGAAACAACGGAGGAACUACCUGCCGUAGAACAAGUCGAGCCGAUGGAACGCCAAGAAACUCGCGAACAAGUCACUGUGACGGAAGAAGUCACUCACGAAGGUAAACCUCGCAAGGUUGUCAAGAAACGCAUCACCAAGCGCAAGGGCAAAAAACAGCAGGUCACGGAGGAAGUGACCGUCGAAGAAGAGGGAAAAGCUCCAGUCACAACCGUCAUUGAGAAGCCGAUUGAAGAAGUUACUUUCGAAGAGACAACCGAGGAACUACCCGCUCCAGAACAAGUCAAGCCAAUUGAACGUGAGGAAACUCGCGAACAAGUUACCGUGACGGAAGAAGUCACCCACGAAGGUAAACCUCGCAAGGUUGUCAAGAAACGCAUCACCAAGCGCAAGGGCAAAAAGCAGCAGGUUACGGAGGAAGUGACUGUCGAAGAAGACGGAAAAGCCCCAGUAACGACCGUCACGGAAAAGCCGGUGGAAGAAGUCACUUUUGAUGAAACAACCGAGGAACUACUCGCUCCAUAUCAAGUCGAGCCGAUUGAACGUGAGGAAACUCGCGAACAAGUCACCGUGACGGAAGAAGUCACUCACGAAGGCAAACCUCGCAAGGUUAUCAAGAAACGCAUUACCAAGCGCAAGGGCAAAAACCAGCAGAUCACGGAGGAAGUGACUGUCGAAGAAGAGGGAAAAGCCCCAGUAACGACCAUCACUGAAAAACCGGUGGAAGAAGUUACUUUCAAAGAGACAACCAAGGAACUACCGGCUCCAGAACAAGUCGAGCCGAUUGUACGUGAGGAAACUCGCGAACAAGUCACCGUGACGGAAGAAGUCACUGACGAAGGUAAACCUCGCAAAGUUGUCAAGAAACGCAUCACCAAGCGCAAGGGCAAAAAGCAGCAGGUCACGGAGGAAGUGACUGUCGAAGAAGAGGGAAAAGCCCCGGUAACGACCGUCACGGAAAAGCCGGUGGAAGAAGUCACUUUUGAUGAAACAACCGAGGAACUACCCGCUCCAUAUCAAGUCGAGCCGAUUGAACGUGAGGAAACUCGCGAACAAGUCACCGUGACGGAAGAAGUCACUCACGAAGGCAAACCUCGCAAGGUUGUCAAGAAACGCAUUACCAAGCGCAAGGGCAAAAAGCAGCAGAUCACGGAGGAAGUGACUGUCGAAGAAGAGGGAAAAGCCCCAGUAACGACCAUCACUGAAAAACCGGUGGAAGAAGUCACAUUCGAUGAAACAACCGAUGAACUACCCGCCACAGAACAAGUCGUGCCGAUUGAACGUGAGGAAACUCGCGAACAAGUCACCGUGACGGAAGAAGUCACUCACAAAGGCAAACCUCGCAAGGUUGUCAAGAAACGAAUUGUCAAGCGCAAAGGCAAAAAGCAACAGGUCACGGAGGAAGUGACAGUCGAAGAAGAGGGAAAAGCUCCAGUCACGACCGUCACUGAGAAGCCGGUGGAAGAAGUUACUUUCGAAGAGACAACCGAGGAACUACCGGCUCCAGAACAAGUCGAGCCGAUUGUACGUGAGGAAACUCGCAAACAAAUCACCGUGACGGAAGAAGUUACUCACGAAGGCAAACCUCGCAAGGUUGUCAAGAAACGAAUUGUCAAGCGCAAAGGCAAAAAGCAACAGGUCACGGAGGAAGUGACUGUCGAAGAAGAGGGAAAAGCUCCAGUCACGACCGUCACUGAGAAGCCAGUGGAAGAAGUUACUUUCGAAGAGACAACCGAGGAUCUACCGGCUCCAGAACAAGUCGAGCCGAUUGUACGUGAGGAAACUCGCGAACAAGUCACCGUGACGGAAGAAGUUACUCACGAAGGCAAACCUCGCAAGGUUGUCAAGAAACGAAUUGUCAAGCGCAAAGGCAAAAAGCAACAGGUCACGGAGAAAGUGACUGUCGAAGAAGAGGGAAAAGCUCCAGUCACGACCGUCACUGAGAAGCCAGUGGAAGAAGUUACUUUCGAAGAGACAACCGAGGAACUACCGGCUCCAGAACAAGUCGAGCCGAUUGUACGUGAGGAAACUCGCGAACAAGUCACCGUGACGGAAGAAGUCACUGACGAAGGUAAACCUCGCAAAGUUGUCAAGAAACGAAUUACCAAGCGCAAGGGCAAAAAGCAGCAGGUCACGGAAGAAGUGACUAUCGAAGAAGACGGAAAAGCCCCAGUAACAACCGUCACUGAAAAACCGGUGGAAGAAGUCACGUUCGAUGGAAUAACCGAGGAACUACCUGCCUCAGAACAAGUCGAGCCGAUUGAAUGUGAGGAAACUCGCGAACAAGUCACCGUGACGGAAGAAGUCACUCACGAAGGUCAACCUCGCAAGGUUGUGAAGAAACGAAUUGUCAAGCGCAAAGGCAAAAAGCAACAGGUCACGGAGGUAGUGACAGUCGAAGAAGACGGAAAAGCCCCAGUAACGACCGUCACUGAAAAACCGGUGGAAGAAGUGACAUUCGAUGAAACAACCGAGGAACUACCCGCCCCAGAACAAGUUGAGCCGAUUAAACGUGAGGAAACUCGCGAACAAGUCACCGUGAUGGAAGAAGUUACUCACGAAGGCAAACCUCGCAAGGUUGUCAAGAAACGAAUUGUCAAGCGCAAAGGCAAAAAGCAACAGGUCACGGAGGAAGUGACUGUCGAAGAAGAGGGAAAAGCUCCAGUCACGACCGUCACUGAGAAGCCAGUGGAAGAAGUUACUUUCGAAGAGACAACCGAGGAUCUACCGGCUCCAGAACAAGUCGAGCCGAUUGUACGUGAGGAAACUCGCGAACAAGUCACCGUGACGGAAGAAGUUACUCACGAAGGCAAACCUCGCAAGGUUGUCAAGAAACGAAUUGUCAAGCGCAAAGGCAAAAAGCAACAGGUCAUGGAAGAAGUGACUGUCGAAGAAGAGGGAAAAGCUCCAGUCACGACCGUCACUGAGAAGCCAGUGGAAGAAGUUACUUUCGAAGAGACAACCGAGGAACUACCGGCUCCAGAACAAGUCGAGCCGAUUGUACGUGAGGAAACUCGCGAACAAGUCACCGUGACGGAAGAAGUUACUCACGAAGGCAAACCUCGCAAGGUUGUCAAGAAACGAAUUGUCAAGCGCAAAGGCAAAAAGCAACAGGUCACGGAGGAAGUGACUGUCGAAGAAGAGGGAAAAGCUCCAGUCACGACCGUCACUGAGAAGCCAGUGGAAGAAGUUACUUUCGAAGAGACAACCGAGGAACUACCGGCUCCAGAACAAGUCGAGCCGAUUGUACGUGAGGAAACUCGCGAACAAGUCACCGUGAUGGAAGAAGUUACUCACGAAGGCAAACCUCGCAAGGUUGUCAAGAAACGAAUUGUCAAGCGCAAAGGCAAAAAGCAACAGGUCACGGAGGAAGUGACUGUCGAAGAAGAGGGAAAAGCUCCAGUCACGACCGUCACUGAGAAGCCAGUGGAAGAAGUUACUUUCGAAGAGACAACCGAGGAUCUACCGGCUCCAGAACAAGUCGAGCCGAUUGUACGUGAGGUAACUCGCGAACAAGUCACCGUGACGGAAGAAGUUACUCACGAAGGCAAACCUCGCAAGGUUGUCAAGAAACGAAUUGUCAAGCGCAAAGGCAAAAAGCAACAGGUCAUGGAAGAAGUGACUGUCGAAGAAGAGGGAAAAGCUCCAGUCACGACCGUCACUGAGAAGCCAGUGGAAGAAGUUACUUUCGAAGAGACAACCGAGGAACUACCGGCUCCAGAACAAGUCGAGCCGAUUGUACGUGAGGAAACUCGCGAACAAGUCACCGUGACGGAAGAAGUCACUGACGAAGGUAAACCUCGCAAAGUUGUCAAGAAACGAAUUACCAAGCGCAAGGGCAAAAAGCAGCAGGUCACGGAAGAAGUGACUAUUGAAGAAGACGGAAAAGUUCCAGUCACGACCGUCACUGAGAAGCCAGUGGAAGAAGUUACUUUCGAAGAGACAACCGAGGAUCUACCGGCUCCAGAACAAGUCGAGCCGAUUGUACGUGAGGAAACUCGCGAACAAGUCACCGUGACGGAAGAAGUUACUCACGAAGGCAAACCUCGCAAGGUUGUCAAGAAACGAAUUGUCAAGCGCAAAGGCAAAAAGCAACAGGUCACGGAGGAAGUGACUGUCGAAGAAGAGGGAAAAGCUCCAGUCACGACCGUCACUGAGAAGCCAGUGGAAGAAGUUACUUUCGAAGAGACAACCGAGGAACUACCGGCUCCAGAACAAGUCGAGCCGAUUGUACGUGAGGAAACUCGCGAACAAGUCACCGUGACGGAAGAAGUCACUGACGAAGGUAAACCUCGCAAAGUUGUCAAGAAUCGAAUUACCAAGCGCAAGGGCAAAAAGCAGCAGGUCACGGAAGAAGUGACUAUCGAAGAAGACGGAAAAGCCCCAGUAACAACCGUCACUGAAAAACCGGUGGAAGAAGUCACGUUCGAUGGAAUAACCGAGGAACUACCUGCCUCAGAACAAGUCGAGCCGAUUGAAUGUGAGGAAACUCGCGAACAAGUCACCGUGACGGAAGAAGUUACUCACGAAGGCAAACCUCGCAAGGUUGUCAAGAAACGAAUUGUCAAGCGCAAAGGCAAAAAGCAACAGGUCACGGAGGUAGUGACAGUCGAAGAAGACGGAAAAGCCCCAGUAACGACCGUCACUGAAAAACCGGUGGAAGAAGUGACAUUCGAUGAAACAACCGAGGAACUACCCGCCCCAGAACAAGUUGAGCCGAUUAAACGUGAGGAAACUCGCGAACAAGUCACCGUGACGGAAGAAGUUACUCACGAAGGCAAACCUCGCAAGGUUGUCAAGAAACGAAUUGUCAAGCGCAAAGGCAAAAAGCAACAGGUCACGGAGGAAGUGACUGUCGAAGAAGAGGGAAAAGCUCCAGUCACGACCGUCACUGAAAAGCCAGUGGAAGAAGUUACUUUCGAAGAGACAACCGAGGAUCUACCGGCUCCAGAACAAGUCGAGCCGAUUGUACGUGAGGAAACUCGCGAACAAGUCACCGUGACGGAAGAAGUUACUCACGAAGGCAAACCUCGCAAGGUUGUCAAGAAACGAAUUGUCAAGCGCAAAGGCAAAAAGCAACAGGUCACGGAAGAAGUGACUGUCGAAGAAGAGGGAAAAGCUCCAGUCACGACCGUCACUGAGAAGCCAGUGGAAGAAGUUACUUUCGAAGAGACAACCGAGGAACUACCGGCUCCAGAACAAGUCGAGCCGAUUGUACGUGAGGAAACUCGCGAACAAGUCACCGUGACGGAAGAAGUCACUGACGAAGGUAAACCUCGCAAAGUUGUCAAGAAACGAAUUACCAAGCGCAAGGGCAAAAAGCAGCAGGUCACGGAAGAAGUGACUAUCGAAGAAGACGGAAAAGCCCCAGUAACAACCGUCACUGAAAAACCGGUGGAAGAAGUUACUUUCGAAGAGACAACCGAGGAACUACCGGCUCCAGAACAAGUCGAGCCGAUUGUACGUGAGGAAACUCGCGAACAAGUCACCGUGACGGAAGAAGUCACUCACGAAGGUCAACCUCGCAAGGUUGUGAAGAAACGAAUUGUCAAGCGCAAAGGCAAAAAGCAACAGGUCACGGAGGUAGUGACAGUCGAAGAAGAGGGUAAAGCUCCAGUCACGACCGUCACUGAAAAGCCGGUGGAAGAAGUUACUUUCGAAGAGACAACCGAGGAACUACCGGCUCCAGAACAAGUUGAGCCGAUCGAACGUGAGGAAACUCGCGAACAAGUCACUGUGACGGAAGAAGUUACUCACGAAGGUAAACCUCGCAAGGUUGUCAAGAAACGCAUCACCAAGCGCAAGGGCAAAAAGCAGCAGGUCACGGAAGAAGUGACUGUCGAAGAAGAGGGAAAAGCUCCAGUCACGACUGUCACUGAAAAACCGGUGGAAGAAGUGACAUUCGAUGAAACAACCGAGGAACUACCCGCCCCAGAACAAGUUGAGCCGAUUGAACGUGAGGAAACUCGCGAACAAGUCACUGUGACGGAAGAAGUCACUCACGAAGGUAAACCUCGCAAGGUUGUCAAGAAGCGCAUUACCAAGCGCAAGGGCAAAAAGCAGCACGUCACGGAGGAAGUGACUGUCGAAGAAGAGGGAAAAGCCCCGGUAACGACCGUCACGGAAAAGCCGGUGGAAGAAGUCACUUUUGAUGAAACAACCGAGGAACUACCCGCUCCAUAUCAAGUCGAGCCGAUUGAACGUGAGGAAACUCGCGAACAAGUCACCGUGACGGAGGAAGUCACUCACGAAGGCAAACCUCGCAAGGUUGUCAAGAAACGCAUUACCAAGCGCAAGGGCAAAAAGCAGCAGAUCACGGAGGAAGUGACUGUCGAAGAAGAGGGAAAAGCCCCAGUAACGACCAUCACUGAAAAACCGGUGGAAGAAGUCACAUUCGAUGAAACAACCGAUGAACUACCCGCCCCAGAACAAGUCGUGCCGAUUGAACGUGAGGAAACUCGCGAACAAGUUACCGUGACGGAAGAAGUCACCCACGAAGGUAAACCUCGCAAGGUUGUCAAGAAACGCAUCACCAAGCGCAAGGGCAAAAAGCAGCAGGUUACGGAGGAAGUGACUGUCGAAGAAGACGGAAAAGCCCCAGUAACGACCGUCACUGAAAAACCGGUGGAAGAAGUGACAUUCGAUGAAACAACCGAGGAACUACCCGCCCCAGAACAAGUUGAGCCGAUGGAACGUGAGGAAACUCGCGAACAAGUCACUGUGACGGAAGAAGUCACUCACGAAGGUAAACCUCGCAAGGUUGUCAAGAAGCGCAUUACCAAGCGCAAGGGCAAAAAGCAGCACGUCACGGAGGAAGUGACUGUCGAAGAAGAGGGAAAAGCCCCGGUAACGACCGUCACGGAAAAGCCGGUGGAAGAAGUCACUUUUGAUGAAACAACCGAGGAACUACCCGCUCCAUAUCAAGUCGAGCCGAUUGAACGUGAGGAAACUCGCGAACAAGUCACCGUGACGGAGGAAGUCACUCACGAAGGCAAACCUCGCAAGGUUGUCAAGAAACGCAUCACCAAGCGCAAGGGCAAAAAGCAGCAGGUUACGGAGGAAGUGACUGUCGAAGAAGACGGAAAAGCCCCAGUAACGACCGUCACUGAAAAACCGGUGGAAGAAGUGACAUUCGAUGAAACAACCGAGGAACUACCCGCCCCAGAACAAGUUGAGCCGAUGGAACGUGAGGAAACUCGCGAACAAGUCACUGUGACGGAAGAAGUCACUCACGAAGGUAAACCUCGCAAGGUUGUCAAGAAGCGCAUUACCAAGCGCAAGGGCAAAAAGCAGCACGUCACGGAGGAAGUGACUGUCGAAGAAGAGGGAAAAGCCCCGGUAACGACCGUCACGGAAAAGCCGGUGGAAGAAGUCACUUUUGAUGAAACAACCGAGGAACUACCCGCUCCAUAUCAAGUCGAGCCGAUUGAACGUGAGGAAACUCGCGAACAAGUCACCGUGACGGAGGAAGUCACUCACGAAGGCAAACCUCGCAAGGUUGUCAAGAAACGCAUUACCAAGCGCAAGGGCAAAAAGCAGCAGAUCACGGAGGAAGUGACUGUCGAAGAAGAGGGAAAAGCCCCAGUAACGACCAUCACUGAAAAACCGGUGGAAGAAGUCACAUUCGAUGAAACAACCGAUGAACUACCCGCCCCAGAACAAGUCGUGCCGAUUGAACGUGAGGAAACUCGCGAACAAGUUACUGUGACGGAAGAAGUCACUGACGAAGGCAAACCUCGCAAGGUUGUCAAGAAACGCAUCACCAAGCGCAAGGGCAAAAAGCAGCAGGUCACGGAGGAAGUGACUGUCGAAGAAGAGGGAAAAGCUCCAGUCACGACCGUCACUGAAAAGCCGAUUGAAGAAGUUACUUCCGAAGAGACAACCGAGGAACUACCCGCUCCAGAACAAGUCAAGCCGAUUGAACGUGAGGAAACUCGCGAACAAGUCACCGUGACGGAAGAAGUCACUCACGAAGGUAAACCUCGCAAGGUGUUCAAGAAACGCAUCACCAAGCGCAAGGGCAAAAAGCAGCAGGUCACGGAGGAAGUGACUGUCGAAGAAGAGGGAAAAGCUCCAAUCACUACCGUCACUGAAAAUCCGGUGGAAGAAGUCGCUUUCGAUGAAACAACGGAGGAACUUCCUGCCGUAAAACAAGUCGAGCCGAUGGAACGCGAAGAAACUCGCGAACAAGUCACUGUGACGGAAGAAGUCACUCACGAAGGUAAACCUCGCAAGGUUGUCAAGAAGCGCAUUACCAAGCGCAAGGGCAAAAAGCAGCAGAUCACGGAGGAAGUGACUGUUGAAGAAGAGGGCAAAGCCCCAGUAACGACCGUCACUGAAAAACCGGUGGAAGAAGUCACAUUUGAUGAAACAACCGAGGAACUACCCGCCCCAGAACAAGUCGAGCCGAUUGAACGUGAGGAAACUUGCGAACAAGUCACCGUGGCGGAAGAAGUCACUCACGAAGGUAAACCUCGCAAGGUUGUCAAGAAACGCAUUAUCAAGCGCAAGGGCAAAAAGCAGCAGGUCACGGAGGAAGUGACUGUCGAAGAAGAGGGAAAAGCCCCAGUAACGACCGUCACUGAAAAUCCGGUGGAAGAAGUUACUUUCGACGAAACAACCGAGGAACUACCCGCUUCAGAACAAGUCAAGCCGAACGAACCUGAGGAAACUCGCGAACAAGUUACUGUGACGGAAGAAGUCACUGACGAAGGCAAACCUCGCAAGGUUGUCAAGAAACGAAUUGUCAAGCGCAAAGGCAAGAAGCAACAGGUCACGGAGGAAGUAACUGUCGAAGAAGAAGGAAAAGCUCCAGUCACUACGGUAGUUGAAAUACCUGCAAAUGAAACAGAUGAUUCCGAUCCAUCUCCCGUCUCCGAGUCCAGUCUACUGUUGAAGAAGUUCCCGAAGAAAACACUCAAAACACUUACGAAAAUCGAAAUGAUAGAACAAGUAUCAUCGAAGCCCAAAAUAAGCUCUCUAGAAGUACCUUUGUUCGCUCAGGUCAAACUGAAAAAAGUGCCCACCUCACGGAAACCACAGGAUAAAAGCGAGAAAGGGAAACUUCCCCGAGUUUUGUUGCGUAGUCGUAUAGUGGCACACGAAUGGCCUCCAACUCUCCAGUAUCCAUCAAUCACACAAAUCGAACCGAAUUAUAUACAAAAUGGUAUUCUCUCACGUAACGUUGAAGAUGCAUUAAAGCUCAAGAAGAUAACACAUAAGAAGAAAAAGCCGUCCGAUAAAGAUCUGACAGAAUUAGAAAAGCUGGACUUGGAAUUCGAUGAACUCAAAAAAGUUCCUUUGGAAAAAAUUGAAGAUAAAUCUGUCUACAAACGCAAGCCGAAAUCAAAGCUUGUGGAAGAAGAUGAGCCUGACAAACUCAAGAUUAGAAAAGGUCAUGUACCUGCUAGAGAAGAAAUCGAGAACGAAAAGAUAUCUUUGAAGAAAGUUGAUAAAGAAGCACCCAUCCAGACGGAAGAGUCGCAAUUGGUACCCAACAGGAAACAAAAACCAGUCAAAAAUACAGAAAAUACAGAAGAUCGUGAUCAGCCGGAAGUCAGUCUUUUUGAACCCUAUGAUAUCGAAUUUAGUAAGCCUGAAAUGGAAGAAAGGGAACGUCUCUCAAGUCCCGAAAUUGAUAACUCUCAACCCAAGCUCUCAGUCAAAAAGAAAUCCAAACGUACUCCAAAGAAAUCGGACCAAGAUAUCGAGACAAUCCCAAUCAUUCCCGGCACUCCGACGAAAACAGAACCUGAAGAAACUUCUGACAUCGUACUCAAAAGCCGACAGGGUACGAAGCCUGACGAAGAGCCUGAGGUCAUUAAUCUGAAGCCUUGGAAAAAAGCUGAAGUGCCUGUAAAAGCGGAAAAAUCAGAUGACGAACCUCUUGUAUUUAUGUCUCGGGAUGAUGAUGUUACAGAAUCUGUUGAUACAAUUACGACACAGUACGUUGAAGAUUCACCUGACAAACCACUAAAAAGGAUAACCAAGAAGAAGAUUAUUCGAAAACGAGGCAAAGGUAAGCCACAAAUUACGGAAGAAUUGAUUGUCGAAGAAGAAGGCAAGGAACCAAAUACUGUAGUUACCGCAAUUGAUGAAGUCCUCGAUGACGAAACAUCGACACCUCUUCUCGAACCAACUCCUGAACAGGAAACUACAAAGAUAAUUGAAGAAAUUCAUGAAGAAGUUAAGGUAACUGAAACAGUGACUGAACAUGGUCACCCCAAGAAAGUGAUCAAAAAGCGUAGCAAGAUAAUGCGAGAUGGUUGUAAACGGAUCGUCAACGAAAUGACCGUUGAAGAAGAAGGCAAAGAACCAGUCGUUGUAAGUGUUGAACUACCUGAAGAUACGGUUGAUGAUGUCACUCAACCUCUCUCAGUUUAUGAACCCAAAGCCAAGCAGAAACCGAUUACAAAAAAGAAAGUCAAAAAGUCAGCCAACAUACCAGCUGAUAAGGUUGUAGAUGCGGAGUUGCUGAAAGCGAAUCUAAAGCCGCAAUUGAUGACGAUCGAAAUCACUGAACAAAAGCCGCUCAAGCCGAAAGUCAUUGCACCAGAAGUACCUUUAUUCGCCCAAGUCAAGCUGAAAAAGACGCCUUCUACUAAAAAACCAAGAGAUGAGAAACAGAAGGUCAAACUUCCGAAAGUUUUAUUACGUAGUCGCAUCAUAGAUCACGAGUGGCCACCAAGUCUACAGUAUCCCUUGAUCGCAACUAUCGAACCCAAUUACAUUCAAAAUGGUAUUCUUUCACGUAAUGUUGAAGAUGCCUUGAAGCUCAAGAAGAUAAAACACAAGAAGAGGAAACCACAUGAUAAAGAUUUGACGGAAUUAGAAAAGUUGGACUUGGAAUUUGACGAACUCAAAAAAGUUCCCUUGGAAAAAAUUGAAGAUAAAUCUAUCUAUGAGCGCAAGCCCAAGCCAAACGUGGCAGAAGAAGAUAAGCCCGACAGGCUCAAAAUUGGGAAAGGUACGGUACCUCCUAGAGACGAAAUUGUGGACGAAAAGAUAUCCUUGAAAAAAGUCGACCAAAAAGCACCCAUUCAGCCGGAAGAGGUGCAAUUGAUACCUAAAACAAAAGAUAAACCAGAUAAGAAGACGAAAGGUACCAAAGAUCGUGAUCAGCCGGAACUCUCUCCUUUCGAACCUUACGAUAUUGAUUUCAAUCAACCUGAGUUGGAAGACAGGGAAGCCCUUUCAAGUCCUGAAAAAGAGGAAUCGCAGCCCAAGAUUCCAGCUAAGAAGAAAUCUAAGCGUACUGCGAAAAAACCAGAGCAAGAUAACGAAUCGAUUCCGAUUAUCCCUGGAAUUCCCAAAGAAGAGGAAUCUGAAGCAAUACCUGAUAUAAGACUCAAGAGUCGACAGGGUGAAAAGCCCGAAGAAGAGGCAGAGCCGGUGAAACUCAAGCCAUGGAAAAAAACCGAUGAGCCCAAGGAUUUAGAAAUGCCCGACGACAAACCUCUCGAAUUUGCUCCUCGAGAUGAUGAUGUUACAGAAUCAGUUGAUAUCAUUACAACGAAGUACACAGAAGACGCACCUCACAAGAAACCAAAGAAGAUUACAUUAAAAAAGACCAUAAAAAAAAGGGGAAAAGAAAGGCCGAUAAUCACUGAAGAAAGAACAGUUGAAGAAGAAGGCAAAGAGCCGAUCACUAUGGUCAGGGCAAUUGACGAAGUGCUCGUUGACGAAACAACGACACCUCUUUCAGACCAGUUCCCUGAAGGACAGAUACCAUCCAUCAUUGAAGAAAUUCACGAAGAAGUUAGGGUAACUGAAGUAGUAACGGAAGAAGGGAAGCCCAAAAAAAUCACUAAAAAACGUCGUAAAGUAACACAAGGCAAUAAAAAACACCUUACUGAAGAAACAACUGUCGAAGAAGAAGGUAAAAAGCCAGUUACCACAGUAACUGAGAUUCCUGAAGACACAAUACCACUCACACACAAAAAAUCGAAACACACAAAACCAACACAACUCAAAGACGUUGAUCAGAGAACCAAAGAUGAAUCUAAGGAGGUUCUUCAUAAGGUGGAAGUACUUGUUACCGGGGAAGAAGAAAUCGUUGAAAUCAUUGAAACUCCUACGCGGAAAACGAUCAAAAGAAAAAAGAAGCCAAUUAAAGAUGAUGCUCCUGAAGAGGUAGUUGAAGAGGUGAUUGAGAAACCAAUAGAGGAAACCACUCUUAUGGAAGAACAACAGAUUGUCGAAAUUGUAGAAACCCCAACACGAAAGGUUAUCAAGAAGAAAAAGGCUAUUGUCCGAGACGAUGGCGUUCCAGAUGAAGUCGUUGAAGAAAUCGUAAUCGAGAAGCCUGCCGAAGAAAAGGCAAAGCCUAUUGUCGAAGAUGAGGAGACUCUCCAGAUCACAGAAGUAGAUGUGAAGAAGGCAGGGAAGAAAAAGCCAACCAAAAAGACAGUCGUGGAAGAAGAGGAGAUUAUUGAAACGAUUGAAACUCCAACAACAAAAACAAUCAAAAAGAAGAAAAAGCCAACCAAAGAAGGUGCGCCUGAGGAAGUUAUCGAAGAAGUUAUCGAGAAACCACUCGAGGAGACCACAGUGAUGGAGGAACAACAGAUUGUGGAAAUCGUGGAGACCCCGACAAGAAAGGUUAUAAAGAAAAAGAAGGCUAUUGUCCGAGACGAUGGAGUUCCAGAUGAAGUCGUUGAAGAAAUCGUAAUCGAGAAACCUGUUGAAGAAAAGGCAAAGCCUAUUGUCGAAGAUGAGGAGACUCUCCAGAUUACAGAAAUAGAUGUGAAGAAGGCGCCGAAGAAAAAACCAAUCAAAAAGACGGUCGUGGAAGAAGAAGAGAUUAUUGAGACGAUUGAAACUCCAACAACAAAAACAAUCAAAAAGAAGAAGAAGCCAACCAAAGAAGGUGCGCCUGAGGAGGUUAUCGAAGAAGUUAUUGAAAAGCCACUCGAGGAGACCACAGUGAUGGAGGAACAACAGAUUGUCGAAAUCGUGGAGACCCCGACAAGAAAGGUUAUAAAGAAAAAGAAGGCUGUUGUCCAAGACGAUGGCGUUCCAGAUGAAGUCGUUGAAGAAAUCGUAAUCGAGAAGCCUGUUGAAGAAAAGGCAAAGCCUAUUGUCGAAGAUGAGGAGACCAUCCAGAUCACGGAAGCAGAUGUGAAGAAGGCACCGAAGAAAAAACCAAUCAAAAAGACGGUCGUGGAAGAAGAGGAGAUUAUUGAAACGAUUGAAACUCCAACAACAAAAACAAUCAAAAAGAAGAAGAAGCCAACAAAGGAAGGUGCGUCUGAGGAGGUUAUCGAAGAAGUUAUUGAGAAACCAGUCGAGGAGACCAUAGUGAUGGAGGAACAACAGAUUGUGGAAAUCGUGGAGACGCCGACAAGAAAGGUUAUAAAGAAAAAGAAAGCUAUUGUCAGAGACGACGGCGUUCCAGACGAAAUCGUUGAAGAAAUCAUAAUCGAGAAGCCCACUGAAGAAAAGGCGAAGCCUAUUGUCGAAGAUGAGGAGACUAUCCAGAUCACAGAAGUAGAUGUGAAGAAGGCACCGAAGAAAAAACCAACCAAAAAGACGGUCGUGGAAGAAGAGGAGAUUAUUGAAACGAUUGAAACUCCAACAACGAAAACAAUCAAAAAGAAGAAGAAGCCAACAAAGGAAGGUGCGCCUGAGGAGGUUAUUGAAGAAGUUAUUGAGAAGCCACUCGAGGAGACCACAGUGAUGGAGGAACAACAGAUUGUGGAAAUCGUGGAAACCCCGACAAGAAAGGUGAUAAAGAAAAAGAAGGCUGUUGUCCGAGAUGAUGGCGUUCCAGAUGAAGUCGUUGAAGAAAUCGUAAUCGAGAAGCCCACUGAAGAAAAGGCGAAGCCUAUUGUCGAAGAUGAGGAGACUAUCCAGAUCACAGAAGUAGAUGUGAAGAAGGCACCGAAGAAAAAACCAACCAAAAAGACGGUCGUGGAAGAAGAGGAGAUUAUUGAAACGAUUGAAACUCCAACAACAAAAACAAUCAAAAAGAAGAAGAAGCCAACAAAGGAAGGUGCGCCUGAGGAGGUUAUUGAAGAAGUUAUUGAAAAGCCACUCGAAGAGACCACAGUGAUGGAGGAACAACAGAUUGUGGAAAUCGUGGAGACCCCGACAAGAAAGGUUAUAAAGAAAAAGAAGGCUAUUGUCCGAGACGAUGGAGUUCCAGAUGAAGUCGUUGAAGAAAUCGUAAUCGAGAAGCCUGCCGAAGAAAAGGCGAAACCUAUUGUCGAAGAUGAGGAGACCAUCCAGAUCACAGAAGUAAAUGUGAAGAAGGCGCCGAAGAAAAAGUCAAUCAAAAAGACGGUCGUGGAAGAAGAGAUUAUUGAAACGAUUGAAACUCCAACAACAAAAACAAUCAAAAAGAAGAAGAAGCCAACCAAGGAAGGUGCGCCUGAGGAGUUUAUUGAAGAAGUUAUUGAAAAGCCACUCGAGGAGACCACAGUGAUGGAAGAACAACAGAUUGUGGAAAUUGUGGAGACGCCGACAAGAACGGUUAUAAAGAAAAAGAAGGCUGUUAUCCGAGAUGAUGGCGUUCCAGAUGAAGUCGUUGAAGAAAUCGUAAUCGAGAAGCCUGCGGAAAAGAAGGCCAAGCCUGUUAUCGAAGAUGAUGAGACCGUCCAGAUUACAGAAGUAGAGGUGAUGAAAGUUCCUGAUAAGAAGAAGAAACCAAGAACCUCUAACGAAAAGCAGUCUUCAGAAGUUGUCCAAGAUAUGGUUCUAGAAGAACCUUUCAGAGAGACAGCUACACAGAAUAUUCUUUCAAAAGAGAGUAUCGAGACGACGGAAGUCGUCCUUGGGACGUCUACACAAGAAUUACCUGAAGACGAAAAACCAAGUCAAGAAGCAGCCAUUCCAAUUGAAGAUCAGCCUGAUAAGGUCACAAUCACUGAAGUUUCUAUCAAAAAAGCGCCCAAGAAAACAAAUCAGCCUAAAGCGUCUCAGGUAGAGCAGCCUGCUGAGAUUGUUGAGGACGUUACAACUGAAAAACCAACAGAAGAACAAGCUACGCCGGAUAUUUUUACGAAAGAGAGUAUCGAAACAACUGAGGUUGUUCUGGGCUCGUCUACGCAUGAAUUACCGGAGGAUGAAAAACCGAGCCAAGGAACAGCCAAGCCAGUUGAAGACCAGCCCCAAAAGGUCGAGAUCACUGAAGUGCCUGUUAAGAAAGCGCCCAAGAAAACGAAGAAAUCUAAAGCGUCAGAGGUAGAGCAGCCUGCUGAAGUUGUUGAGGAUGUUACAACUGAAAAGCCGACAGAAGAACAAGCUACGGAAACCAUUUUACCCAAAGAGAGUAUUGAAACAACUGAAGUUAUUCUGGAAACGUCUACUCAAGAAUUACCUGAGGGCGAAAAACCGAACCAAGAAACAGCCAAGCCAGUUGAAGAGCAGCCCCACAAGGUCGAGAUCAAUGAAGUCCCUGUUAAGAAAGCGCCCAAGAAAACGAAGAAAUCUAAAGCGUCAGAGGUGGAGCAGCCUGCUGAGGUUGUUGCGGACGUUACAACUGAAAAGCCGACAGAAGAACAAGCUACGGAAAACAUUUUACCCAAAGAGAGUAUUGAAACAACUGAGGUUGUUCUGGGAACGUCUACCCAAGAAUUACCGGAAGACGAAAAACCGAGCCAAGAAACAGCCAAGCCAGUUGAAGACCAGCCUGAUAAGGUCGAGAUAACUGAAGUCCCUGUCAAGAAAGCGCCCAAGAAAACGAAAAAAUCUAAAGCGUCAGAGUUGGAGCAGCCUGCUGAAGUUGUUCAGGACGUUACAACUGAAAAGCCAACAGAAGAACAAGCUACGGAAGACAUUUUCCCUAAAGAAAGUAUUGAAACAACUGAGGUUAUUCUAGGAACGUCUACUCAAGAAUUACCCAAAGACGAAAAACCGAGCCAAGAAACAGCCAUGACAGUUGAAGACCAGCCUGAGAAAGUCACGAUCAGUGAAGUGCCCGUUAAGAAAGCGCCCAAGAAAACAAAGAAAUCUAAAGCAUCAGAGGUGGAACAGCCUACUGAAGUUGUUGAGGACGUUACAAAUGAAAAGCCGACAGAAGAACAAGCCACGGAAGACAUUUUCCCCAAAGAGAGUAUUGAAACAACUGAGGUUGUUCUGGGAACGUCUACUCAAGAAUUACCCGAAGACGAAAAACCGAGCCAAGAAACAGCGAUGCCAAUUGAAGACCAGCCUGAGAAGGUCACGAUCAGUGAAGUGCCCGUUAAGAAAGCGCCCAAGAAAACAAAGAAAUCUAAAGCAUCAGAGGUGGAACAGCCUACUGAAGUUGUUGAGGACGUUACAAAUGAAAAGCCGACAGAAGAACAAGCCACGGAAGACAUUUUCCCCAAAGAAAGUAUUGAAACAACUGAGGUUAUUCUAGGAACGUCUACUCAAGAAUUACCCGAAGACGAAAAACCGAGCCAAGAAACAGCGAUGCCAGUUGAAGACCAGCCUGAUAAGGUCGAGAUAACUGAAGUCCCUGUCAAGAAAGCGCCCAAGAAAACCAAGAAAUCUAAAGCGUCAGAGGUGGAGCAGCCUGCUGAAGUUGUUGAGGAUGUUAUAACUGAAAAGCCAACAGAAGAACAAAAACCUUCUGAGGCGCCCGCUGAGGAAAAACCAGACGACUUUAUUGGUGAAAAAGUCAUUGAGCCUUCCGAAGAGCUUCCGGCAAAAAAAGUAUUAAAAAAGAAGAAGAAGAAAACAUCUCCGAAAAAAGAGGAUAUUGAAUGGGUUGAACCAGAACCAUACGAAAGACCAGUUCUUGAGCCGAUGCCGGAGAAGAUUCAGUGGGAGCCCAGAUCAAAGACUGAAAAGAAACCUCAGCUUCCAAAGCUGCAAAAAUUAGUGCCACAAAAAAUCGAACGAACUGAAGUAAAUCAACCAACAAAACUGAAAUUUUUACGACCAGAAGAUGAGCAGCCACAAUUCGCAACAAUCAAAUUGAAAAAGGCAGCAAUACCCAAAAAGAAGGAAUCGAAGGGCGUGGUCAUUCCAAAAAUACUUCUUCGUAGUCGAAUUACUUUCAUAGAUGAUUAUCCGCCCCAAUUACAAAAACCAAAACUUGAUACCCUUGAAGAAAAUCCAGUUCAAUGUGGGAUUCUGUCCAGAAAUACGAAAGAGGCACUUAAAGUGCUAAAACCAAAACAAAAGAAAGUCAAAUUCACAGAAAAGAAUGAGAUAGACCUGGAGAAAUUAGAUCAAGAAUUUGAAGAAUUGAAAAAAGUACCGUUAGAAGAGAUUGAGGAUAAAUCUGUCUACGAGCGUCAACCGAAGAAACCAAAGGAAAAGUCAGAAGAACCACAACCACUACGUGUCGGUAAGGGUCAAGUUUUAACAUCAGAAGAACCGGAAAUCGAGAAAAUAAAAUUGAAACAGAUACCAGAAAAAAUAGUUGAAGAUAUCAAAGAAAUAAAGAAAGAACCUGUCAAAGAGGAACCUACAGAAGGAACCCUUGUAAAAGAAACACCUAAACCGCAUACAACAUUAGAACAUGACGAUUUCAAUCCACUUGAUUUCGAGCACCCGCAGAUCGAAAAAUAUGUUCCUGACGAAAUUGAACACCCUGCAAAACUUGAGCCCGAGCCUGAACAAAGGCAGCAUCCAAAGCAAAAGAAAACAAAGCCAGAUCAAGAUAUUGAACAGAUUCCUCUAAUAAAAGGUAAACCCAAAUCUGAUGCCCCAGAGGAAGGACCAGAUGUUACAUUUAGAAUACCAACCUCUGAAAAGCCAGAGGAAGAACCAGAAACCAUCAAGUUGAAGGGCUGGCAGAAAAACAAACCUGAUAAGGAAGAAGUAGAAGGUCUUCCAGGUGAUACGGCUGAACCAACGAAAAAAGUUCCAGUAGAUGAUGAAAGACCUGAAGACGAAGUAAAACAAGAAGAUGAAGAAGUUUCGCCGAAAGUUACUCUGAAGAAGAAGCCGAAGAAAAAACCUAUGGAAGAAGAGGAAGAACCUGAAGAAGUUUCGCAGGAGGUAACCCUGAAAAAGAAGCCGAAGAAAAAACCUGUGAAAGAAGAGGCCAGUGACGAAGUGACGAUCAAGAAGCCUGUUCCAGAGGAUGUGAAACAGGAAGAACCAGAAGAAGUUUCGCAGGAAGUAAUUCUGAAGAAGAAGCCGAAGAAAAAACCUGUGGAAGAAGAGGCCAGUCACGAAGUGACGAUCAAGAAGCCUGUUCCAGAGGAUGUGAAACAAGAAGAACCUGAAGAAGUUUCGCAGGAAGUAACUCUGAAGAAAAAGCCAAAGAAAAAACCUGUGGAAGAAGAGGCCAGUGACGAAGUGACGAUCAAGAAACCUGUUCCAGAGGACGUGAAACAAGAAGAACCUGAAGAAGUUUCGCAGGAAGUAACUCUGAAGAAGAAGCCAAAGAAAAAACCUAUGGAAGAAGAGGCCAGUGACGAAGUGACGAUCAAGAAGCCUGUUCCAGAGGAUGUGAAACAGGAAGAACCUGAAGAAGUUUCGCAGGAAGUAAUUCUGAAGAAGAAGCCAAAGAAAAAACCUGUGGAAGAAGAGGCCAGUGACGAAGUGACGAUCAAGAAGCCUGUUCCAGAGGAUGUGAAACGAGAAGAACCUGAAGAACUUUCGCAGGAAGUAACUCUGAAGAAAAAGCCGAAGAAAAAACCUGUGGAAGAAGAGGCCAGUGACGAAGUGACGAUCAAGAAACCUGUUCCAGAGGACGUGAAACAGGAAGAACCUGAAGAAGUUUCGCAGGAAGUAAUUCUAAAGAAGAAGCCUAAGAAAAAACCUGUGGAAGAAGAGGCCAGUGACGAAGUGACGAUCAAGAAGCCUGUUCCAGAGGAUGUGAAUCGAGAAGAACCUGAAGAAGUUUCGCAGGAAGUAACUCUGAAGAAAAAGCCGAAGAAAAAACCUGUGGAAGAAGAGGCCAGUGACGAAGUGACGAUCAAGAAACCUGUUCCAGAGGACGUGAAACAGGAAGAACCUGAAGAAGUUUCGCAGGAAGUAACUCUGAAGAAGAAGCCUAAGAAAAAACCUGUGGAAGAAGCGGCCAGUGACGAAGUGACGAUCAAGAAGCCUGUUCCAGAGGAUGUGAAACAGGAAGAACCUGAAGAAGUUUCGCAGGAAGUAAUUCUGAAGAAGAAGCCAAAGAAAAAACCUGUGGAAGAAGAGGCCAGUGACGAAGUGACGAUCAAGAAGCCUGUUCCAGAGGAUGUGAAACGAGAAGAACCUGAAGAAGUUUCGCAGGAAGUAACUCUGAAGAAAAAGCCGAAGAAAAAACCUGUGGAAGAAGAGGCCAGUGACGAAGUGACGAUCAAGAAGCCUGUUCCAGAGGAUGUGAAACAGGAAGAACCUGAAGAAGUUUCGCAGGAAGUAAUUCUGAAGAAGAAGCCAAAGAAAAAACCUGUGGAAGAAGAGGCCAGUGACGAAGUGACGAUCAAGAAGCCUGUUCCAGAGGAUGUGAAACGAGAAGAACCUGAAGAAGUUUCGCAGGAAGUAACUCUGAAGAAAAAGCCGAAGAAAAAACCUGUGGAAGAAGAGGCCAGUGACGAAGUGACGAUCAAGAAGCCUGUUCCAGAGGAUGUGAAACAGGAAGAACCUGAAGAAGUUUCGCAGGAAGUAAUUCUGAAGAAGAAGCCAAAGAAAAAACCUGUGGAAGAAGAGGCCAGUGACGAAGUGACGAUCAAGAAGCCUGUGCCUGAGGAUGUGAAACAAGAAGAACCUGAAGAAGUUUCGCAGCAGGUAACCCUGAAGAAGAAAACUAAGAAAAAGCCUGUGGAAGAGGAGGCCAGUGACGAAGUGACGAUCAAGAAGCCUGUGCCUGAGGAUGUGAAACAAGAAGAACCUGAAGAAGUUUCGCAGCAGGUAACCCUGAAGAAGAAAACGAAGAAAAAGCCUGUGGAAGAGGAGGCCAGUGACGAAGUGACGAUCAAGAAGCCUGUGCCUGAGGAUGUGAAACAAGAAGAACCUGAAGAAGUUUCGCAGCAGGUAACCCUGAAGAAGAAAACGAAGAAAAAGCCUGUGGAAGAGGAGGCCAGUGACGAAGUGACGAUCAAGAAGCCUGUGCCUGAGGAUGUGAAACAAGAAGAACCUGAAGAAGUUUCGCAGCAGGUAACCCUGAAGAAGAAAACGAAGAAAAAGCCUGUGGAAGAGGAGGCCAGUGACGAAGUGACGAUCAAGAAGCCUGUGCCUGAGGAUGUGAAACAAGAAGAACCUGAAGAAGUUUCGCAGCAGGUAACCCUGAAGAAGAAAACGAAGAAAAAGCCUGUGGAAGAGGAGGCCAGUGACGAAGUGACGAUCAAGAAGCCUGUGCCUGAGGAUGUGAAACAAGAAGAACCUGAAGAAGUUUCGCAGCAGGUAACCCUGAAGAAGAAAACGAAGAAAAAGCCUGUGGAAGAGGAGGCCAGUGACGAAGUGACGAUCAAGAAGCCUGUGCCUGAGGAUGUGAAACAAGAAGAACCUGAAGAAGUUUCGCAGCAGGUAACCCUGAAGAAGAAAACGAAGAAAAAGCCUGUGGAAGAGGAGGCUAGUGACGAAGUGACGAUCAAGAAGUCUGUGCCUGAGGAUGUGAAACAAGAAGAACCUGAAGAAGUUUCGCAGCAGGUAACGCUGAAGAAGAAAACGAAGAAAAAGCCUGUGGAAGAGGAGGCCAGUGACGAAGUCACGAUCAAGAAGCCUGUUCCACAGGAUGUACAACAAAAAGAAACGGAAGAAGUCUCGCAGCAGGUAACUCUCAAGAAGCCUAAAAAGAAAUCUAUCGAAGAAGAGGCCGAAGAGUUGACUAUACGCAAACUUGAAGAAAUCGAAAAUAUACAACGCGAAGAAGAAGUUGUUGAAGAAUUUACUAUAAAAAGAAGGCCGCCCAAAACCUUACCGAAACCUAUCGAAGAAAUAUACGAAGAUGUUACGUUACGUAAACUAAGGCCAAAGCGAAAACCCAGACCAGAUGUUAAGGAGAUAACUGAAGUCGAGAAUGUCACCUUCAGACCUCGCACUACAAAAACAAAAGAGGAUGUUGAACAAGAAUUCAAAAUCUCUCUAAACACCUACGAGGAAGAAGAUAUCACAAUGUCUGGGAAAGUUCGUCUAAAACCAAAACAUCGUCCACUCACAUAUUCCGAAGAAGCGGGAGAGGAAACGAUUCGUAUUAUGCAAGAAGUCGAAGAUGACGGUGGGCCGAUCAUUGAAGAGAUUAUUGACGACAGUGAAGAAGAAGUCAAGGAUGAAUAUAGUAUAGAAGAACUGGACGUUGAUGAAUUCAACUUACCUCUGAAGCGCAAAACCAAAAAGAAGCAGAGGCCUUAUUCUGUUGAAGAAAUUGAAGAGAAUGACGUCAAUCUAAAAUUAAAACGUGAUCGAAAAUACUCGUAUGAGGAAACAGACGAAUCAUUAGCUUUGAAACUGAAGGCAAGAAGACGUGUAUCCACUUACGACGAAGAAGAAGCAACUCUAAGUAUUACGAAAGAAGGGAACAUAUCAGAAGAGGAUGAAACGGAAUACGUUGUCCGGAACGGAGACAUGAUGUUCUCAAUAUGCUCAUAUGUUGCUGAAACCGAUGAAGCCAUCAACUUGGUCGAAGGAGAGAAAGUCUACAUCAUUGAACAUACCAAUUCGGACUGGUGGUUUGUUAAAAAGCAUUUGACUGAAGAAAAAGGCUGGGUGCCGGCACAGUAUCUUCUUAACGGACCACAGUACACAAUUUAUCUUCAGCGUAAGCUACACGAGAAAAUCGACAAGUUACCAGUCUUCGAAAAACCUGGCCCUGGAGAAAAGGCAUCUGCACCGAGAUUUAUUGAAAAACUCCAACCAAAACAUACCCCAGAUGGUUAUACAGUUCAAUUUGAAUGCCAAGUGGAAGGAAUACCACGUCCACAAAUCACGUGGUUCCGUCAAACAGCCAUUAUCAAACCAUCGCCAGACUUCCAGAUUUACUACGACGAUGAUAACGUCGCGACCCUCAUUAUUCGCGAAGUCUUCCCUGAAGAUGCCGGAACAUUUACUUGUGUAGCCAAGAACGCUGCAGGAUUCGCUUCAAGUACCACGGAACUGAUUGUUGAAGCACCGUUAUCUGACCACGGAUCAGAUAUGACUGGCUUAUCCAGGAAGAGCCUCUCAAGGGAAUCUUCGCUUGCUGACAUCUUGGAAGGUAUACCACCGACCUUCUCUCGUAAACCAAAGGCAAAAUGUGUUAACACGGGAGACGAUGUGGUAUUGGAAUGCCGUUUAGUCGCCGUCCCCGAACCGGAAAUAACUUGGUACUACGAGGAAACUGAAAUUACGACAAAGGAUAAUGUGACUGUCGUCACCGAAAGUGAUAUGCACAUGUAUUGUAGCGUAAUGAAGAUCACGAAAGUGAAGAAAACUCAAGAGGGUCGCUAUAAAAUCGUGGCUAAGAAUAGAGAGGGAGAAGCAACUAUCGAAAUACCAUUGAAGGUUCAAACUGGUGAAAAAGAACCACCUGAAAUCUUGGAACCGUUGAAACCUUACGUCAUUCGCGAAGGGGAAACAGUGGUGCUCUUCACUCAGAUCAUAGGUAAUCCAAAACCACAGCUUACUUGGUACAAGGACGGGAAACCUUUGAAGGGAGUUACCGCUAAGCGAGAGGGCGACACCACUACAUUGACCUUGAUCCAACCGAAGCUGCAUGAUACCGGCGAAUACUCUGUAAUUGCUAAAAAUGAACGAGGAACGGCCGAAACGCGUGCAACGCUAACAGUCGAAGAAACUCCAAGUGGUGCUCCAGAACCACCGUUGUUUACUGAACGGUUCCAAGAACAGACUGUUCCCGAGAAGGGUUCCGUUAAAUUGACAGCUAAAGUAACUGGAAAUCCUGUACCAGAAAUUACCUGGUUGAGAAAUAACAAGCCCCUGGAACCAUCUUCAAACGUCAAGGAAACUUACGACGGAGAAAACAUCACCCUUGAAAUUAAGAAUGCAGACUCUGAAGUUGACGCUGGCGAUUAUAAGUGCAUCGCCAGUAAUCCAGUUGGAAAAACAUCGCAUGGAGCUAAGAUCACCGUGGAUGUUGACAAAGUCAUCUUCACUAAGAACCUUGAAGAGAACGUUCAAGUCGACGAGUAUAGACCGCUUGAACUUACUUGCGAAACUUCACAUACCGUUUCGACAACUUGGUGGCACAAUGAAAAGGAAAUCAGUGGCAUGGAUCACAGAGAAAUUAUCCAGGAAGGACGGUCUCAUAGAUUACAUAUAAAGAAAACUAGCCCUACAGAUGAAGGCGUUUACAAGUGUACCGUCAAACAACAGAGUACAUCCAGCACUGUGGUGAUCAGAGCCACAAAACCAGAAUUUGUAAGGAAACUCCAAGACUUCGAGGUGAAGGAACGUGACGUAGCGAUUCUUGAAGUUGAAAUAACUUCACAAACGGCUGAAGUUACCUGGCAUAAAGAUGGCGAACCACUCAAGCCGAAAAAACAGAAACUUGAAUUUGUUAAGGAUGGCACUGUAAGGAAACUUCUGAUUAGAAGCACUUCGGUGCACGAUGAAGGAGAAUACACGUGUUCCUUAUUAGACCAAGAGUGCACAGCAGAAGUUACCGUCGUUGAACUGCCACCAGAAAUUAUCACCAAAAUGCAGGACGUCACUAUAGCUAAAGGAGAAAAAGCUAUGUUUGAAAUUGAACUAACUAAAGGUGAUGCAUUGGUUCGCUGGUUCAAGGACGGUGAAGAAUUACAGUUUUCCGAACACGUCCAACUAUCCAUCGAUGGCAAGAGACAGAAACUUAAAAUUUACAAGUCAGAGCUCACCGACGCAGGAGUAUACUCUUGCCAAGUCGGUGAACAAACUUCGAAAGCAAAAUUGACGGUUGAAGAGCCUGGAGUAGAUUUCAUAACCAGAUUACCAGACGUUACACUGGUACCAUUGAAUUCAGAUGCCCCAUUCGUUAUUGAACUCUCGAGACCAAAUGUACCGGUAAAAUGGUUCAAGAAAGGAAAAGAAAUUAAGGAAUCACCGAAAUAUAUCAUCAUAGACGAGGGUACGGUGAAAAAGUUGAUUGUCAAGAAAUGUACUAUUGAAGAUACUAUGGAAUACAGUGCGGUGGCAAUGAAUAUGAAAACAUCGUCAAAAAUGAAAGUCGAAGUGGUUGAAACGCCACCAAAAAUAAGCAUGGACGCGCCCAAAGAGUACCGUGUCAAGAAAGACGACGACGUCAAUAUUACUGUCAAAUACACUGCCACGCCUAAACCUACAACCGAAUGGUCAGUCAACGGCAAGGUAGUUCCCAAAUCGAAACGAAUUACGCCCACUACUGAUGAUGAAUCAGCAACUCUGACCAUCAAAAAAGUGCAGGAAGACGAUAUCGGUAAUUACAAAUUGAAAUUGACCAAUGGCUGUGGAGAAGCCAGCACUGACAUCAAACUCAUCAUUAUGCAGGUGCCAAGUACACCAGGUAUUCCAGAACUCCUGGAAGUGACUGACGACAGCAUAACUCUUCACUGGAAAGCGCCUGACUUUGAUGGAAACACUCCGAUUACCGAAUACAUUCUCGAGUACCACGAUCGAGAUGACUUCUCAUGGAUCAGGAAUUCGCAAAAGAUCAUAGAAACAACCCACAAGGUAACGGAACUGGUGACAAAUAAGGAAUAUAUGUUCCGCGUGACAGCUGUGAACACUGUCGGUCCUAGCGACCCGUCCCAUAACACGAGGUACUUGAAGAUCGCGAAGCCUGUGGCAGCUGAAGCACCAGUAAUUUUAGAGCCACUGAACAGCGUUACAACUGGAUUGAAGCAAACCGUAUCUCUAUCCUGUGUAAUCGGUGGAAUUCCAACACCUAAGAUCACAUGGAUGAAAAAUGGAAAUCCGUUUAAGAAUGCCAAUAUCACGUAUGAAAAUCGGGUGGCAAAGUAUACCAUUAAAGAAACAACAGAAACUUCGGGCGCUACCUUUACCGUUAAAGCUGAAAACGAUGCUGGAACGGCCGAGACAACGUGUGAACUUAAAAUACAGGAGCCUCCUACCCUGAAUUUCGAUGAAACCUUGGCGACUCAACAACUGCGAGUAACAAGCCAGUGGAAAAUAAAUGUCGAAGCUGCAGGAUUCCCGCAGCCGCAAAUUUCGUGGAUCAAAAAUGGAAAGACGAUCACAGAGAAACAAGUUUCAGUUUACAACGAAGAAACAACUUCAACGAUCACGAUAUAUUCAGUAGUACGAGAAGAUACAGGAACUUACACAGUUACAGCAUCCAAUGAAGCGGGUAGCACGUCCGUCGAAAUGUACCUCCGAGUCAUAGACAAGCCAAGCAAACCACGUGGUCCCAUAGUAAUGCGAGACAUCAGACAAGACCAAAUCACCAUAGAGUGGAAACCACCUGCAGAUGACGGAGGUCUCGAGCUUAGUAAAUACACGAUCGAAAAGUGUGAGCCGGAAAAAAUGGUGUGGAUGAAGGUAUCUGACGUCGAAAAGGACGCUGAGUCUUAUUGCAUACAAAAAUUGCAGCAAGAUUCGGAAUACUUGUUCCGAGUUGUCGCUAAAAACCCUGUCGGAUCGUCAGAACCACUGGAAUCGGAACCAGUCGCGAUUAAACCUUCAUUCGAAAAACCAGGACCACCCCGAGGACCUCUCGACGUCUCGGGAAUGACGAAAACUUCCUUCACCAUAAAGUGGCAGCCACCAGAGAAUGACGGAGGUUCGCCGAUCAUAGAGUACAUUGUCGAGAUGAAGGAAGUAUCUAAGAAAGCAUGGCAGAAGAUCGGCAGCACACAGGGAGAGAUGACAAAUAUUAUCGUGUCAGAUGUCAAGACAGACACUUCCUACAACUUUAGAAUAACCGCACGUAACAGUAUAGGUAGCGGACCACCAUAUUUACCAGAAGAGCCCAUCACAGCUGGUAAACGCAUCACACCACCUUCAUGCCCGCUGAACCUACAAGUGACUGGUAUAACUAGUCGAAGUGCAACCCUGACAUGGGCGCCACCAGCCAGCACAGGAGGAACAGAGCUUACAGGCUACGUGGUCGAGAAGAGAACAAUGAGUGGUAAGGGUGCGAAGUGGAGCAAAAUAAUCACGCUUGACGCUACAACGCAUCAACAUUGCAUCGAGAAUCUCAAAGAGAGUGAAUUCAUGUUCAGAGUAUUUGCUGAAAAUAGCAUAGGCUUGAGUACACCGGCAACAUCGGAAGCCGUUACUCUGAAAACACAUGCAACUGUCCCGUCACCUCCAACGGCGCCACUCGAAAUCCGGCAAAUUGCUGGAAACACGAUAGUCAUCGAAUGGGGCAGACCAGAGUCCGACGGCGGCGCACCGUUGGAGGGUUAUAAAAUCGCUAUUAGAGAUGUAAAGAAGACAAUGUGGAUGGAGGUUGGACGAGUUAACGCAGACAUCCAGAAGCUCACCAUCAAAGACCUUCAGGAGAACCAUGAGUAUCUGAUCAGAAUCUUUGCCAGAAACGAAGUGGGUCACAGCGAGCCAUUGGAGUCUGAAGAACCAUUCAAAGUCUUACCUGCUUCUGAAUUGUCGGUCAUCGAACCAGUUGCAGAAGCAACUGAUAGAGGAGAAACAGCCUCUCUGAGUUAUAGUACAGAAAACACAAGUUCCUGGCUCAGAGAACACAAUAUGGAUGCCGAUAUUCAUUCUUAUGCAAGAUUACGCCUACUACGGAAGGAUGAGUACUUCUUCAGGAUAUGGCAUUACGCUAAUCAACUCUUUAAAUAAGCAUUUCUUUCGUACCUAAUGAAAAUAGUUGUGAUCUUGUAUUGCAAUCAGAAUCAACUGACAAAGCCAUAUCUACUAAAUGAAUGUUUUCGCCAACGGGGGCAAUGAAACAUUUAAUCAUCAAAUCCUUCAUUGUCACUGUUGCAAUACAAAAUCCAUGUUCACGUAGACAAACGUCGGAAAUAACCGACAACCUGAGAAUGUAAAUAUUUUUUAAAGGACCAAUCUUGAGAAUUUUCUGACUUUUACCGACUAGAAAUAAAAAACGAAACUUCUGCAACUCGCCGGAUACUUUAAUCAUCUAAAAGGCUUAGGAGUUGCAGGUAAUUUUUAUAAUCGUUGAAAAAAUUGAAUAUUUUAUUAAUAUUUAUAGAAAAUUUACCACAAUAUUCAGACGAUGGACGUGUAUCUAUGAAGACUUGAAGAUUACGUUCGAGGUCUACAUUGAUAUAUAUAUUCGCUGACAGUUACUUGCAAACAGAUAAGACCUAAACUUCGUGAAGCUCUAUAUACGCAGAGCGUUGGUCUGUCAAAAAAACUGAAAAAAGCAUGAGGACAUUAGCAAAUACCUUAUGACUCGAGCCCGAAAAUACAAAUUUAAUUAUUAUCCCCGAGACUUAAUAAAUAUAACGAGUGCAAGAGUGAUAAAUGUGUACUAGCUUUGCACAGACAUAUGUUAUUAUGAGAGUUAGCGUGUUUGCGAAUUAUGAGGGAAAAUUAUUGUAAAGUAUGUACAAUGGUUAUUGGAUAAACCACAUUUUAUUUAUAUAUUGGACAUGAAAAUUAUUAUUAUUACAAUUACUAAGUUCGUAAUCGAGGAUAAGUUUGUGAGAAUUAUAUUAAGUAUUUAUUAUAAUAACAGUAAACACAUAUAUAUGUUGCUUUAUACUUAAGUAUAAACAUAUUAUACGAAUCUUAUUAUAUUUUUAAGAAAACGAUAGAAAAUGGUGAUAUGCCACGUAUGAUUGGUAAUAGAGACGUAAAUAUAGGUGCUUCAACAUCAAAGCAUUAACCAAUCUUACGUCGCAUGCCCAUAAUUAUGAACAAUGUAAAAAUGUAUUACAUGUUAACAAUAAAUUGAACUUCAAAA